UCUCGUGCGACCACGUGACUCUCCCUCUGCCGAGUCUCGCAGAGAGCAUCAGACUGCACCUUUUCCUCCUCAAGAGAACGAAGGGGGAGAGAGAGAGAGAAAGAGAGAGAGACACCGAGUCAGACAGAGAGAGGAAGGGAGAGUGAGCGCGCGGGCGAGGGGGAGACCAAUAGCACCUUGUCGCCUGGAGGGGAGCCUGUGAUAAUUUUGUCCCUGUCCGGUAGACCGGCUCUAUCUACCACCAGGUGCGCGGGUGCUUGUCUCCUCUCUCGCGGGUUUCCAGGUUCUCCUCAAAUGGGAAGGGAAAUCGAUGAGUCGCGCGCCGCACUGUUGCCACGGAACCACAGGAUGUGCUCGAGGUAGGUCGGUUUUCUAAGCUGUGUGUGAGGUGGAGGAAAAAAAGAAAAGGAAAAAACGCCACCGGUUUUGUGUUUAAUUUGCCUGGGAGAGGCUGUCACAUCACCGUUACAGGUUGUGUUGACAACCGAAGCGGUUACAGAGUGAUGGAAAAGAAAAGUAAUUACCGUAAAGUGUAGUAACGGCGCCGGUGAUGUAGCCAAGUAAAGGGCGCGUAGGAGGAAAAAUGGAGACGAGGUAUGGCCGCAAAUCGAGAAUCGAUAUUUCAACCGCAGUCAUUCACCCUGUCUAUCAAUAACUAUGAUGUCGCCUCUUUUCUUCCCAAGAUUGGACUCACAAAGAAGAAACUAUCCUACCUCAGAUAGAGUUCGUGUGUUUUUUUCACGAUUGUGUUACAGUUUGAAGCCGGUGUGUGUUGUGUUUUUAGUCUGAAUGCGGUCAGUUAUUAGAAAAAACGAUCUUCGCCGCCGUUAAUUCGAUAAAGCGAGGCGGUUUGAGUCAUCCGCCGCAGCGCGCGAGAGCUUUCCUCCCGCUCUUUGUGAUGAAGCUAAAGAGAAUCCUUGACGGUGGCGCGAGGAGCCAACCGCCAACUGCCAACCGUCGUUAAUUUCCAUUUACAAAAUAAAAGCGAAAAUUUAAACAGCAACAACGACAACACAGCUAGGUGGUUCAAGUUACCCUUUCAAAAUAAAAUCAACUGUCAUUAAGUGAUAGAGAAAUGUCGACGUGAUGUUGGCAGUCGCAGGUAAGCCCUUUCUUAUAAAAUUCUCCUGCGGCAUGAUGGGAGCCCUACUGAGGAGGUGCUGUUUGUGUAUGUGCGCGUUCCUUCACUGCACAGUAUGAGUUAGCUUAAGUCAUUCUUGUGUGGGCUGUGAGGAAGUAAAGGAUCUAGUUUUUUAUUGUGUGUGUGUAUUCAGUUUGUUCUUAGAUAGUCUGUAUUUGGGCCUGUUCAAUGUGAAAUGUGAUCAUGAAGUGUGUGUGUGCGCACAAAAUGCAUGAGAGAGAGUAAUUUGAGAAUAAUGGGAGGCUUGUGGUGUGUGUAUAUGUGUGUGUGUGUGUGUGUGUGAGUGAGAGAGUUUUUGGAUUGGUGUUUACGUAUGUGUGUUGUGUGUGUGUGUGUGACCCUGGUUGAUUGUGCCGUCUCUGUUCUCUCUGUAGGUCGCUGGAGAGAGUGAUGACGUGGCAGUGAGAGACACACACCUCACUUGCGCACACACAUACACACACAAACACACACAUAUUGGCCCACACACACUUUAAGUCUUGCCCUGCUAGGACAGGAAAGCGGGGGAGAAAAAUUCAGCUAUGACGGGGUCAUUUCUCUCCAUUACCAAUGUGUGAUCCACAAACCCACACACACACUCGCGUACUCCGUGGGGAGUUGCCUUCAUGGGGGAUAAGGCCCUAUCUAGGGCACAAAGAUGGAGUUUGCACCCUAUUCGUCAUGUAUCUAACACUCACUCAGAUACACACACAAACACACACACCUGGAGUCUCGUAUGUCAGAAGUGAGGAAUGAAAGACUGAAUGGAGAAAAAACGCUAAUCAUCCCAGAGAAGAUUCAAAGAAGACGCAAAGGAAGAGAAGAUUUCCCAAACCGUUGAAGGAGGAAGGGAGCUGCAGUUUGGCCCCUCUUUUUACUCAGAGUAGUCACUUCCUGUUGUGGAGAGAAUCCCUGAAUAGCAGGGUACACCUUAGGUACAAAGAAAGUGUUCAAUAAAGUGCCCUACAGUUGUCACCAUGAGCUGUAGGCUAGAGGGAACACCUCAGCUCUAGCCUUUAUCUCCUCCCGUGUGUGUGUGUGAGUGUGAGAGUGAGUGUGUGUAUGAGUGUGAUGGCAGUGUGUGUUUGGGCGGCAGCCCCCCUGCUCUUCCUGGGGCUGUGCCUGUGCAGUGUGGGGGGCCAGGCCCAAGGUGAAGUUCUGGAGUUCGGAGGCGUGUCCAGCCAGUGGGGAAGGUUCCCGGUGUGGAACGCCUGCUGCGAGAGCGUGUUGAGCUUCAGCCUGCGGACUCACAGCCAGGAGGGCCUGCUGCUCUACCUGGAUGAUGAGGGCUUCUGCGACUUCCUGGAGCUACUGCUUCUCAAAGGCCAUCUCCGACUGAGGUUCUCCAUCUUCUGCGCUGAGCCGGCAGAGCUACAAUCAGGUGUUGCGGUGAGCGAUGGGCACUGGCAUGCAGUGCGUGUCAAACGGGACUGGAGGAACACCUCAUUGGAGGUUGAUGGACGACUUGAAGGAUGGGCGGAAGUGAAGAGCAAAAGAAGAGAUAUGACAGUAUUCAGCCACACCUUCAUGGGCGGGGUGACGCCGGAGCUUCACUCCUCGCCGCUACGCCUCACGUCCCCGUCUGUGAGGGAACAUCCCUCUUUCCGUGGCUGGAUCACGGCGGUGAGCAUCAACGGCUCCCUGGUGACGCUGGACAGUUCAGAGGGCGUCACGGUAACAGCUGGAUGUGGGCCGGACCACCAGUGCCAGAAUGGAGGGGUGUGCAGCGUGGUCAACGACCAGGCCGUCUGCGACUGCUCCGACACCGGUUUCCAAGGCAAUGACUGCAGCGAAGGUAAGGCCCAGAACCAUGCUGACCCAUCAUAUACAUUUCAUCCUUAACACCCACACCCAUACAUGUAAAAACUAACAAGCACAUGAAGCAAAAUUUAAUUCCAACAACACAAGUGCUGCAGUGUAGACCCAGAAUCUAUUUUCCAUUCACACCUUCACAGCUGCCUUCAACUCAUGUGUUUGGACCGACAGCCUUCACAAACAGCGCGAGACAUGCUUACUGAUUAUGUUUGAUAUUGAUUUCUCAUGGAUGCCAUUAAGUAUUUACCUCCAGAGCAAGGAGUUAAAAGUGCAUUCAAUUUAGAUUAACUGCAGCUAAAAUCCUGAUUCGAGCAGCAUUAAGGGGCUUGGAGCGUGACAAUUUUUGAGGCGAAUUCCUGGAACUGAUUGAAACGCUUUACCUGGCUGUCUGCGGCGUCAAAAACCUAGUAGGGCUCAGUUGGCGUGUUUGGCAAAACACAAUAACCAUAUAGAUCCAUUAUGGAUGUGGCUGUUGGCUCGCAUUGAGAGACUUUAAUUGGAAGUUGGCUGAGAGGCUGGAAAUCAGUGGUUGUUACAUGGCUGACAUCUGGCUGCCUGUGUUAAUGGAUUUGCAUUGAUUCUAGAUGGCCUUCACAGGUACAAUGCACAGUGUUGAAAUGAAGUGUGUACAAUCUAUCGCCUACCAUUUAUUUGAACAGCUUGCAGCUUGUUAAGAUGCAGUUUUGAGUACAGUACGUGUGAGCAUGUUGAGGAUGUUUUUGUUCUACAGAGAAGGAAAUAGAAAUUUAAAACUGAGAAGCAAAAGAAAAGGCUGCUCUUAAAUGAUUUGUUAUCUAAACUUUACCAGAACUGCCUUCGUUCAAUCCUGUCAAACAAGCCUUUGGUCAAUACAAGUGCCCAUAUACAGCACAGGACAUUGUAAUGACGGCCAUUACAAAAUGAAACAGCUGCUUAAUGAACUCAGCUACCUUGUUAUGGCCACGACUGCAAAUGCUUUCAUUUCCUCUGCUCACUUGUGUGUGUCGUUAGGUUCAUUUGCAGCGAAUCUGCAUUCUUAAUCAAUAGCACUCUCAACUCGUGUAAUUUUUUACCCAUGAUACCUCUCAGCGAUACCUCGGUGAUUGAUGUUUCCAUGGCUCAAAUUUGUAUCCGCAAAAUCCGGCCGAGUGGCCUUGUUGUGUGGCCGCAAUUUGUCACCGAGUUGACCUCACACCCCACCCAGCACCACUGUAAGCAUCACACCUCCCCUCAGCCACCCACCGUAUCACACCCUAGCAUUUAGCGGACAGUGGGAUGGCCUGGGUUACCAUGGAGACAGGACUAAUAAGGAGACCUCAUGCCAGGAGUGUUUCUGUGUCCUCGCUCUUCCUCCCUACCCCCCCAGCUUCAACUUCCCCCUCCUCCUGGUCUCCUGGGCUGCUCACUUCUCAAACCAGUUGUUAGCACCUUCAGGCAGUCUGUCUGCCAAAAGAUUUCUGUAUUUUCAUGCUAAAAGUGUUGAGUGUGUUUGUAUUUUUUUUUUUAUGGUUAACCUUAAGGUGCUGGUUUUGAUUUCCCAAGCAGGUGGGGGUGGUAGCUGAUGGUGUGUGCUGAAAUAAUUUGCCCAGAAUUAAUGAAUAACUUUUGUGAGGCUGAAGUGAGAGGUGAUUAGAUGGUUGGCAGAGCAAUUCAGUAAAUGUUUUGACAACUACGGAUUUCUAUAAUAUAAUAAUUAUAAUUUUGAUAUGACACUUCCUUAAAACUAACAUCAGAAAGUGCUUUAUAGAACCCACAAUCCUGAAAUUACAACAGACACUUAACAAAUAAAGCACAGAGACCCACAAACAACAGUGACUAGGAUAAAACAAAAUGAAAUGAAAUGACAAGAAAGACUGUAGAUAACUGUAUAUCUUCAAAAGUGGUUAAUAAGAAACAGAUAAAGAACAUUUCCGUCUAAUGAACGCUUGAAAGCUCAAUCUUUCUCUAUCUGGAGUUUCUGAUCAAUGGUGGGGAAAUAGUUUGAGAUGGGGAGAAGAGACGGUUUUUUUUUUCAAUUUGGGGAGAUUAAGGACAGCGAAAACUAAGAAAAUGGUCUAAAAAACAGAUAAAAUCUACUGUUUUGGUUUUAGUCUCACACUUAAAAGGUACAGUGUGUUGUAGCUAUCUAGCAUUUAGCAAAACAGACUUGGUAGAAAUGAAAUUCAUAUGUAUGUUUAGAUAAGUGCUUAACCACCUGAAUAUAAAAAUCUUCUAAUCUUUAUUGACGAUGUAAACUGGAGCAAGUUGCCUUUAAUGUGGGCUGCCAUCUUUUGCAACGACAUGAUUCCACCAUAGCACAGAGCAGUCAAACUGAUGACAUCUAUGUACUUUUAGAUUGAGUGCAUGGUCUUACAAACGGCAAUCCAGGUGGAAGAAGAUGUAAGAUACUUAAACUUCUACUCUCUGUAUCUUUAAAUGCAAAACGCUUUCCUGUUUACAAAAAUGUGAGGAUAUGCUGCUCUUCUUGAUUUUCUUUAAAAGUUGAGAGCAAAUCUUUGUGUGUAAUUUUUUAGGUGUUUUAUAGACAAAACUACUACUCAAGUGAAUAAUCUGAAGAUAAAUAGAUUUUGGAAAUCACGGCUAAUUUCAGCUUUAAGAAAUUAUUUAGUUUAGAGAACCAAAAUUUCGUUGAGAGAACCAAAAUGCCAAACAUCUCUCCUCUCUUAGCUUAGAUUUCUUUCCGUUUUAGUAGUUUGAAGACCCUACUGUGCUUUAAUAACUAACUAAAGAUAGUUUUAACUAUAUUUGGGUCAUCUGUGCACCAAAAUUUUCAAAAACAAACCUCAAUCAUUGACAGAUUGAUCAGUAACUCCUGUGUGUGUGGGGUAUGUGUAUAUUCAGGAAGUGACAGGUGAAGCUGUGAUCAGCUUGUUGCAGAAACCCAGUGCUGCUGUGCUGAGAUUAUGUGUGAGCCAAGCCAGUCUAAUCCAGUCUGCUGUUUUGCUGCUGGUUAGAAGCACAGUAGGAGACACAGACAGCACUGACACACGCACACCUGAACACAAAAACACAUCUAACGCAAACAUACAAGCACAUGGAGGAAAACAUUCACACAGCUUGCGGGCUUCAGCACCACCAUUAGUCACAUCAACACUGAGGUACCUGCGAGCUGUGUAGCUGUGCAGGCUAAAUGGGAGGUGUGCAGACAUUUUAUAUCAAGGCUCUCUCCACGUUCACUACCUGCUUUGGACCGGCACUUUGUCGCAUAACAAGAGGCUACUUAGACCUUUUUAAGAGGGUGUUUUAUAUUCCUAGAGACAGACUCACAUCUCAAUUGUGAGUGAUGCCAAGUGUUGCCGUGGAGAACAAGUGCUAACCCUAUUUUUCUCAUGGUAAUAGCAGAUGAUAUAAGUAGUGUUUGUCUCAUAAAAAGGUUCCAGUUAGGAGGUGCACUUAGAUGGAUAUAUAUGAGGUGAGCAGUUAUGUAUUUGAUUAUUGUCAUGAGUAAAUAUAUAGUUACGAGGAUAAAUAAUGCUCAGGUCUUGCACUGAGGUUGUUUAAAUCCAGAUAUCAGUGUCAGAAACUCUCUCAAGUUAUUCCUUUUGUUUCCAGGUUAGAUUGACUCAGUUUUUUUUACCCGUCUCUGGUGGUUUUUAUGAGUUAUUACCCCACUUUCUCACUAAUCAUCCAGCUGUGUUAAUUACUUGAUUUUGAUUGGUCGAUACGCCUUGACAACAGUCAUAAAUUCUGAAUAGCAAAGGCGACACUAGGGACAACCUGAUCACACGUGUCACGCAGAUCAAAUCAAGCUUCAGAAAUGAGUUAUAGCGCAUCUAGUGUACUGUGUAUGAUUUCACCUCUUCUAGCUGCCAAUCUGAUAAAAAAUGUGAGUAAGUGAUAAUAUCACUGAACAAUAUGAAGGACAUUUUUUAUUACAAGAGGACAAGAGGUGGUGAAGUAGUGCAGAAAUUAGUGAAGGAUGUAAAAACACACAAAGGACCUGAGUGAAGAAAACAGAUAUUAAGUAACAGGAUUCCUACGCAUGUAUGAAAAGUAUGGAAGUAAAUUUGAUCAAUUUCCAGGUCUUAAAAAGUAUGGAAAAUGAAAAAUGAAGUAUGGAAAAAUAUUGAUGUUUCCAGACAAUUACCACAGUUUUAAAACACUGUUUUCUGAAAUAGAAAAGUUAGGUAUUUCCAAAAAUAAUUCUAAAAAGUAGGGUAUGGAAAUUCCAACUGUGCAGGAAUCCUGAAGUAACCACAAAGUGCAACACGGUGUGGACCAUGGCAGUGUAACAGGAUCAGUUAAAAGAGAAGGGAAGGCUCAUAGAAAAGUUAUAAGGAAGAAUAACCAUUGCAGGUGCUGCUGUUAUUCUCUACAUUUGUUCAGAAUGCCAACAAGAAAAAAAGCGAAUAUUUAGACUUCACUAUGGACUGGUUUGACAGCUGAAGAGAAAGCCAGUGUAAAAACAAGUGCAAAAAAGUCAUUUUCGAAUCAGUAGAAUCAUCUUAAAAUUAAAGUUAGUUUCUGGUUUAAGUAUCAGCAGGAUAAUGUAUAGUUAGGCUGUGGUUAUGUGAAAUUUAAUCCCCCUCAGAGUGACGAGAGACCUGGUUUCUAUUUUCCAUAACCACAGGCUAACCAUACAUCAUCCGUUAGCUGAUUCUCGUAGACAGAUAUCCAUGUGGUUAUGACUAUUUUCAAGGAACAGGGAAAGAUAGAGAUGUUUUAAAAAACCUCAGAGGCAUCAAAUGUUGUAUUUUCAUUUUUCAUCGUAUUCUUCAGUUAAGAGCGGCUGUCAAAUAAAGAUAAUUGAAACUGUUCUUAGCUGUGUAUUGUUUGCGAAAAAUUGAAUCUAACCUGAGCUGGGCCACACAGCAGCAGUAAUAGUCUUAUUGCAUUAUUACUGAAUAGAUUUUUAGCUGUUUUGUGAGACUGCCAGACAAUUUGCAAAUUCAUGUUUUGAUGGAAAAAAAAGGACGGAGUAAUAUCUCUGACUCUGAAGAUAAAAUAUACCCGGUAGUUUUUCUUGAUUUCUCGAGCCGUGACAUGAAACAGGAAACACGAAGAUCCUUUGCUGUGUUUUUAUUUCCAUUUUUGAUUUGUGUGUAUGGUUGUAAUGUUUUGGACUGGUUUGGGUUUGGAUUAUAACUAUAAAAAGGUGAGGAUAACUUAAUGUUGGGUUGUAAAAUACUUCAUGUCUCCUUUUCUGUAGCUCGCUGGUAGUGAUAUUGUUGUUAUCCACGGUUAUUAGCUCAGGAAAGAGACUCAAGGUCAAGAGCAUUUCCAGUUAAAAGGAGGCUUUUCUUGGAGACAUGCGAUUCUUCUUAUACACCUGUAGGAGUUCUGAAAACAAAUGCAAAUUCCUCAGAAUAACAGGACGGUCUUUGGAGUGUGGUUACUGUUGUUUCACGGUAAAUGUAUUUCUCACAACUGGCCCCUUUUGUUCAUUUCUUAUUAGAUAACAGAUGAUUAUGGAUCAGAUGGUAUCCAUGCAUCAGUCAUCACCUUAUAGAGUCUCAGAGGGGAUCUUUUUUUAGCUUGAAAGAAGAAAGGAGUAGAUGAUAAAACCUGAAGUUAAAGGAAAAAAAGGUGUAAAUCGCACCCAAGGCUUUGUGAAAUGUUGAUUGUGUUUGAUGGAGCUGUAAUUUUCUAUUUGGUGAAUGGGGGGAUCAUUAUUUGCAACCAUGUGAGUCCAGGCUGCAGCAGUUGUUCUGCAAGAGUCAGGCAGGCUCGGCUAUAAAGGUUUAUUUCUUACCUUGAAAUUAUUGUUAUUUUGAACUCAGACACCUCACCGAAGCUGCACAAUAAAGCCCAGAGAUAAAAUUAUAACCCUCUGAAAAUUAGAAAAAAAAAAGAAAAAGCUCAGUUAUGAAUCUUUAAUAGAGAAUGAAUGUGCUCUGCUGGAGGAAAAAAUGGAUCCUAAGGACGGUGUUUGAAGCCAGAAAUAUGCAAUCUGGCUGUGUUAUUUUCCAUACACGAUUACAAUUACAGGAUAUCUUCAAGGCUCACUGAUGAUCCACUUUUAUUCACAAACAUAUUCUUACAUUUAUGUGACCAGAAUCAUUUCUGAAGUUAUGUAUACUGUAAGCAGAAAGAUAGACCCGCAUAAGGAGGGUUGUUUCUCCUCAACACAUGAGUCCCUCUGUUUUUUGAGAGGAAAUAUUAUUAAGGAGAUUUUUUUUUCCGGCAAAAAAAAAGUCAACAGAGUAUGAAUCAGGUUAUGCAUAAAUGUAAUUACUGUCUAAGCCGCUCUGCCCUGCAGUGAAGACAGAGUGAACCUGGCUUGUUAGGCCUGGCUUGGCUUGCAUUGUCCUUGAGGGCAAAUCGCUGUUAGCAUGCUAAUGGCUCCACCUGUUUCUGCCAUGCUACUAGCACAAGGGCAGAGGCAAUGGGAACACUCAGAUGAACCGCACUAAGCUCAGAGUACACACAGGCGCAAUUUCAUAUGCACACAAACACACACACACACGCAGACACACAAUCAGUCCCAGUAUUGAACCAUGCAUGCCCCUCGUCCUUUUCCUGCACUGCUAAUCCAUCCCUACAUGUUUCCCUGCUAUUUCACACCAUUAUUACUGCCAUAGUCGAUGUAAGUGUAUGUGUGCCUGUAUGUGUAAAAGGAAGAAAGACUGUGGGACUGAAUGCGUGUGUGUAUGAGUGUGUGCGUGUGUGUACUGCAUGCUAUCUGUCGGGGGGCUCUGGGGAGAGGAAGCUGCUGCAAGGUAAGUUCUGGGGUAAAACGGCUCUUGAAUCCAAACAUCCAGGUAGGAACGUGUAUUUUCACCCCACACCCCCCACCCUUUGUAUAGAAAGUGUGGGUGGAUAUGUGUCAAUGUGUGUGUGCUUACGUAAAUGUGUAUGCACACAUGUGGAGUCAUAAAGAGACUUUUUUUUUAAAUAUAUACUGCUGCAGUGUGCGUAUAUAUCUAUCUAUAGAAAUAUAGAUACAUAUAGACAAACCUCAGUUCUGGCUACCAGUGCAGCAUGGUAUCCAUUGUGACGUUUGUGUGAAUUUUUUUAUUCAUUUAUUUAUUUAUUUUGCAUGUAUGUUACCCUGGUAACACUGGACGGGUGUGCAUGUACAGUAAGUAGCCAUGGUAACCCAAGGGCUUAGCAUGCAUGUUAAUGAAUGUCUGUCUCUCUCUCUCCUCGCUCGGCCGCGACACCUUUCCAGAGCACAGCUACACUCCAGGUAGGUCGCACUUUGUAUCAAUCUAUCUAUCUAUCUAUCUAUCUAUCUAUCUAUCUAUCUAUCUAUCUAUCUAUCUAUCUAUCUAUCUAUCUGUCUAUCUGUCUAUCUAUCUGUCUAUCUGACUCUCCUACUCAGAUGUCUGUCUGCAUUUAGAUAUCUUUCUCUGCUCUUCCAUCCUCUCUAUCUAAUCCCCUCUUCUCCUCACUGUAAUACUGUUUUUUUUUUAUGAACUAUUUAGUGCUUCCUAAGCCUGUCAUUUUAUCAGCAUUCCUCUCCACCUUUUAUAUCUUUUCGAGUCUUGUCCUUUACAUUCUCUUCUCUAGCUCUUUUUUUUUUCUAACUUUUUAUAGUGGAAAUUACUGUUCAAGGUAGCCUGUGUAAAUGUUUGUGGGUCUGUGUGGGUAUGUGGGGAUUGGUUGCUGAUCGCCGGUAAGUUUUACAUCCCAUGUGCAAUCAUCUGAACUGGACUCGAGAUAACACAGACAAAAGCACACACAGAUUCUGUUCUGUACAUGAUCUAGUUAUAGCGCUGUGUUCGUACCUAUGUGUGCAUAGGAUCGCUGCAAUCCUGGGAUGAGUAAGUUUCUCCGAAGCCAGUUUUUCCUCUUUAGGAAUAUGCAGUAAUGUAGAAGACUAACACAUACGUGUGCACUCUUUUACACAGAGCACUCGAGCUGUCAUUAGCAUGUCACUGACAGAACCUAAAAGCACAUUAAUGCACAUGCACAAGCACAUACUUCACACCCCAUGAUCCUUUGCUGUGCUGACUGUGCUCUUGUCUUCCUUUAAGGUCUGGCACACCUGAUGAUUGGCGACCAAGGUAUGGCCUCCUCUUACCUCACUUCCUGUUGUCCUCUGCUAUACCAUCACCCCUCCCCCCCCUUCCCCCAAUCUCCUCACUCCUACACUCACAACUCCCUGAAUCCCUCCCCCCUCUUCAUCACCACCUGGCGAAGGAGGAAGUUGUCUCUCUAGGCACUGAACCAAGGUCAGUUUUUUCUCGCUCUGUAAUUGAGAUUUCUUCAUUUUAAAACGGUCCCAUUUGGUCUCAUCAGAAAUUUCAGUUUUAAUUUAAACUGAAAUGGAUGACUCUUGCUUUUGCAGUAGAACAAUUAAAUAAUAUCAAAUGAAGUACGUCCUUUAAGGUUACUUUUCCAAGGGAGUGAUGAGCCUGAGAGCAACUUCUGCCGUGAUAAAUCCUAUUAUCAUGACUGCUGAUGUGGGAGGGAGUAAUGGGAGGGUGUAGGCGGCUGCAGCUUGACAGCGCUUGGCUGGCUUAGAAUUGGCAGGUCAUGGGAAUGGAGCUAAGGGCCGACUGACCGACUAACUCCUCGGAUGGUUUGACUUAGUCUUUACUCUUUCACCUCAUUUCAUUUUCUCUCAUCUGUAUGUAAGAGUUCGAUUGAGGGGGCAGGAGGCGUUCGAGUGUGUGUAUGCACGCUGUAAUCAUACCGGUAUGUGUGCAUGUGUGCUUCUUUUGCAUCAUGGUCCAGAUCAAUGACUGUGGCAGUUUUCACAGGAACACUCAUCCACAUUGGCUUUUUUUUUUUCAUCGGCUUCCAGCAUGUCUCGCUUCGCUGUGGCUCGUCCUCACAUGGACUCCUGCUCACGCUUUGGGGAGCACAUGUGAAUCUGCGCAGAUGUUUCUGUGAAUGAGAGCAAUGCUGUUUACCUAAACACCCCAAGAUGCCCGGUGUUUUUGAACACAUCCCUAAACACCACCUCCUGUGCUCUGCCUGUUUCAAAAUGUUUGCCGGUGAACAAACUCACUCUGGCUUCCCUGUCUUCUUGCCCUCUUUCUUCCUUCUCUCCCUCUGUCCCUGCCCUCUUUCUUGCUGUUUUGGGACACCACCCUCUGUGAUUUUAGGAAAGCUUGGAGGUACCCUCUGAUUUUUUCAUGUUUAUGGCUAAUGAGCUGUUCUGGAUGGUUUGGAGCUUUAAUGUGUUGGAGGCUCUUGUAUGUAUGGAUGGUGAUGCAGUUAUUUAGAGCUCAUUGGCUUCAAGUUCCAUGUGAGUUGUGAUACAUGUAACAACUCGUCGAGUAUGCCAGCUUGAUUUAGGCCCUAAGCUUCAAAAUGUGUUUAUUUAAGUGCAACAAAGCAGCAACGUCCAGUUUAAAAAAUGACUCAUUGUGGGAGUGCAAAAACUGCAUUUCCUUGAGUGUCAACUUGACAAAGGCUGCAGAAGCCAAGGAAACCCCAUUAGGUCUCAUGUUAAAAUGCCUAACUUAACAGAAAAAUUAAACAUGGUUACAGCCUGAUAUGGUUUAUUUAUUCCUGCACACAAUGAAGGAUUUUUGUCAUGAUGCAUUUAUUGGGAUAAUAGGCCAAGAGUAAAACAUAAAUUUACAUAAUUAAGGGCACAUCUAAGUUCUUCCACUUCUUUGCCUGAGUCAAUGUUGAUCGCAAGUUAGGACUAGUCAGCAUUUCUGUUUUAGUGCCCUCCACUGAUGGUCUUGAGAUAAGGGCUGGGCGAUAUGGCCUCAAAUCAAUAUCACGAUAUAUUGAGCAGUUCACCUCGAUAACAAUAAAUGGACUUAAGAUACCACAAGGUAACAUAUCAAGGACUACAACCGUAUCUUAUAAAUUCUAUUGACGCUGUAGCAAUACUUUAAAAAUAUGCAGUCUUAAAGGUACAUCUUUCAAAAUAAAGCGUCCAGGCAGACAGUCAUACUCAAGAAACAUCUGCCCAGAUUUUCUACAAGAGCUGACUGAAAAGUUAUUCACAUCUUACAACUUAUAGACCUGCAUUUAUUUAAAAAAGGAUAGAUAGAUAUACUUUAUUGAUCCCAAACUGUGAAAUUCUCAAAUAUACCACAAACAUCUGCUGUUUGGUUAGGUUUAGGCAACAAAAAAUUAGGCAAGAAAAAAUUACAAUUUGGAUUAAUUGAAGAUAUAGGCAGUUUGUACCGUCUUCAUGGACCUAAGUUGUGUCACUGUAUUAAACCACAGUCCUGUACCUUUAAAGGACUGAAACAUCGACUGCCUUUGCAAACAUUUUGCGAGCAAAUCAAGCUGCAGAGUCCUGGAUGAAUUCCAGUGUUAGUUUGGACCAGCUGGCUGCAUAAUGAAUUGCAUUUUAUUCAUAUUGUUGGAAAAACUGCAUGAAAUGCAAUGAUAAAGGAAAUAAAUUUUAUGAACACUGUGGCAGCCAUCCGAAUGCUUUUGUAUGCCCACUCAGUUUGCAAGCUAUCAGAUGGAGCCCUGGAUACAUGGAUCAGGCUUUUUCAACAUUUAGCCCAUCAGAUAAAACUCGAGCUAGCCUAAAGCUUCCCUUAGAUUAGUUAAGGUGAACUUGUUGCUAAGUAAGCUGGCACUGUGACUUAGGAGAAGGGAAGAAAAGACAGAAAAAUCAAGAUCUCCAAAAAGAAUAGCUGUUGUACUAUUUUGGAUUCAGGAGAUGUGUGGAUUCACAAACACAGGUACUGUGUAAAUAUGAUAAAAACAGAGGAACCGUAAGUUGUAGCAGUUUUGCUGAAUAGAUUUACUGACAAAACGUAGAGUUUUUUAUUUAUCUUAUCAAAGGUUAUCCUAAAAUCAAAUAGUAUUGCACAUUUUCCUCAGGCCUUUAACAUACAUCAUAAAAACAUUCAGAAACAACAGAAGAGAGGAUCAAAUUCUGUGUUACUGGGCCUCCGAACAAGCUGCCGUAUUUGAUGACUUGGUGGUUCACAUUAAAUUGCAAUGUGUCAUUUUUAGCGAGGUAAGCUGUUCAUGCAUGUGUGUGUGAGAGAGGGAGAGGGAGAGAGAGAGAGCUCAUACUUAAGCAUGUGUCUGAAUGAUCCGGGGCUUAGGCCGACAGUGCUUUUGAAAAUCUGAAGGUAGGUGCCGCGGAAUCAGCCGGCUCUGCAUGAUGCUGAUGAAUACACUGAUUGACCCACAUGAAGACAGGCCUGACCGUGACACGCUGAUCUGCGUCUAUUGUGCUCUUUGAUUGGAUGAGAGAGGACAUGAUGACGGCUGUCUCCCAUUGUGACGGGGCCCCCGUGUAUUCAGCGAAAAUGUGCUAUUUAACGAAAAAAGCCGGCGGAUAGAAAUAUCUUGAAUAGAGCGCAAAUGAUGUCUUCAACCAUCUAUCACAGCGAGACAUCUCUACUCUGACAAGUAUAUUUCUAUCAGUGCAUUUUUGUCAUGUUUUGAUUGCUAAGUACACUCCUAGUGCUCGAGUUCCUGCCUUAAAAUGUCUGCCGUGAAUCAUCCAGGUGGCAGUGAAAAUUUAAUUGCUUCAUCUGGCUUAUGCUCAGCAUUUUAAAUCACCUACUUAAGGACCGACAUGUAUUAACAUAUGUCUCUCGCACCAUAACAGAAUGUACUCGGCGUAUUUGUGUAUAGUGAAUGCCCGGGCUAUUACAGAUGUUUGUAUUGUGAUAGGUAGAAUGUAGAGCUGUAGUUGAGUUAUUUUCCUUUUAUUUUUCUUCAACCUUUGAUGUCUUUUUCUCAAAACUGUAUGCAUGAAAAGACGGCGGAUGUGUGUGUGUGCGUGCGCGCAUGCAUGCGUGUGCGUGUGUUUGCUCUGCAUACUAAGAUGUAAAGGCUGUCAAAUGGUGCAGACGAAGCCUAGCUUAGGUUAGCUCAGCGUAAAGAGGCUUUUUGAGGAGCCCGCAAAGCUGAAAUGAGUUUCUUUGAGGGGGCGGAUUGGCUGUGGGGAGGGGUGUCUUAGAAAGAUAUACAGCGUGUGUGUGUGUGUGUGUGCGUGCCGGAGAAAUUGAGAAAAAGCGAGUGUGCCUGCAAGAGGAGAGCUAAAGGAAUGAAUGAUAGAGGGAGUAGGGAGGAAAGCGAGGGAGAGAUAAAGUGAGUCGUCUUCUCCCUUGUGAUGUAGAGCAACUGGCUGUAUCUGCAAAGGGACAGCGGUGCUCCCGUCUGCCCUCCCAGCCCAGUCAUUCUCCAGGGGACAUCAGCCCUGAUGGGGAGCCCUGGACCUUUCCCCCCCUCCAUAAAACACAGCUAUCACUCUCUCUGGAAACGAUACCCGCAGAUCACUAAUCACUUUGAGUGGGUGAAAAUGCACGAAUUGUGGAGGGAAGAAAGAAAAGAGGGAGCCAAAUUGGAUUUUCAUAAGUAUCGAGCAGCCAAAGGAAGAGGGGGAAAUGGAUUUUUUUUCCCUUUUUUUCCUCCCUGAAAAGUAUUGAGCAGCAAUAAUCUGGAUGGAAAAUGUGCUUAAAGCCAAGUAGCAGAUUUUGCCCUUUCUCUUCUCUGUGUCUGGCCAAGAAUAGACCGUGAAGGGUCCUGGGUGAAUGAGUGAUUGUGGGUUCUGAAUAGGAUCGAGGAGCGGCUCUUGUGCGUAAUUGGCAGCGAUGCUCAUUUAGGAUAUUUAUUUUUAGCUUUCGGGCAGGUUGUCCCGCUAAUAACCGUUGUUUGUCUAAAUGUUCAAGUGUUCUCGAUAUCCAUCCUACAAUCUGUGCACGGCAUAAACAAGUGGCCUGCCUCGCUUGAAGUGACCUUUACAUACACGCGCUUACGUGAACGGACCGACAAACAGACACACACACACUCACACAGAAUAACCUUUAGAGAGUGGCCGCUGAGUAGGUGAGUGAGUGUGUGUUCAGUGUAAAUAUGCAUGAGUAAGGCUGCCUGCACAUAUUCUUCACGGUCAGUGGAUGAAGCAGGAAAGAGAACGAGGUGCGUGUGUGUGCGUGCGCAUGUGUGUGUGCGUUUAAAUGUGUGUGCCUUUUCAGGGGAGGUGGAUUGUGAGUCAUCACUUGUGACUCAUAAAGCGUCGGCAAUCAAAGCAGCUCAUUUUAACACAUUGUCUUAUGGCAUAAACACACACAGAUGGACGCACACAUAGGAAACACGUAUACACACACUCUCACACAUGUUCAGUGUCACACUCUUUGAAUAUCUCUUUAAAUUGUCCCCUUUGUUUUUUUGCUCCUCCACCUCUCUCUCUCACUGCCUCCCCUACGUGCAAAUGUCCGUGCUUUUCUCACACACACACAUUCACACACACAUACUGAGAGGACCAUGCUGACUCCACCAUAUGUGGGGCUGGGAGUGGUAGCAGACGCCAAGACAAGAGGAACCAGUCGGUACCAGCAAAGUACAGCAUGUCUCCUACCUCUUACUCAUCAUCAUCUAACAGCCCUAAUAAUAAAUUUCACACAAGGGGCUGACUAUUCUGAAAUAUUAAAAAAAAACUGGCACUUAGACCUAAUUAUGAAACAUAUUUUAGGUUUAUUAAUAAUGCCUUUUCAGAAAAUUAAUCAACAAGGAUUUCAUUAACUUUCUUCUUAAGUACAAAGGCAAGACAUGACGCUUUUCCAGCUUUGUAUCAACAACAGUCACAAGUAAUGAUCUUUUUCACUCCGGUUUGUUUUAAUGAUUAGCUGCUUGAGCAAUUCUUAUUUUUAGAAGAAAAAGUAAAAAGUGAUAAAUGCCCUAAAAAGUAAAGGGAUGUCUUUAAUUUACUUUAUCACCAAUAGCUGAAAACCAAACUAUGAUGUAUGUAGGGGCAGAAUUCCCAACAAUGACUUGCCUCUUAAUUUAUCAAAGAUGGUACUUUGAUUAAAGGUACAGUGGGUAGUAUCUGAUAUGAAUAUCAUGUUUGUAAGUAAGUCUAAAUGAGUGUGUAAUCACCUGAAUAUAAGAAUAACUUAGAAUGAGCCUCUCUUGCAUGGAGGCUGCCAUUUUGCACCAUCAUGUUUGUACUCAACUCAACUUUAUUUAUAGAGCACUUUAAAAACAACCAAAGCUGACACAAAGUGCUCUACAUAAUAAUAUAAAAACAUAAAACAACAAUAAAUAGUUGUUUUAAAAUAUAAUAAAAAAGCAAUAAAACAAAUGUCGUCUCAUGCUGGGUCAAAAGCUAAGGAGUAAAAGUAGGUUUUUAGAUGGGUUUUAAUAAAUGGACAGUGAGGGACAGUAGCACACAGCCGACAACUUAGUAACAUGUGCAUGUUUGUGGUCGUGCAUCAGUUGUAGGACAAAGAAGAGAAACAAGAGAGCGGUUGUUGUUUGUCAAAUCAUUUGUGUUGAUAGACAUUUCAGGUGGUGAAACUUGACAGUGGAGUAACAUUAUUUAUCAUGCAUGACUGGAGCUUCUUGUCUUAAAAGACCAAUGUUAUUAAAUUGAUUAGGAGAGUGAGCAUUAUUUCAACCAGAUCAAAUCACUAGAUUCUCCCAUUUCUACACACUGUACCUUCAAAUUGUGACUUAAGAUGACCAGCUUUUCUGGUCCUCAAAGCUCCUAUGAGUACCUUUUGGUUUGGGUCAAUUUUAGCACCCCCUGUGGACAAGGAAGGCCUUGCUUAUCUUGUCCUCUGCUUGUUUUCGUACUGGGUUUUGACUGACGAUAUCUCAUAAUGCUGACUUAUGACAGUGAAAUGGAUCAUUAAUUGUGAAUGUUUCAUGUGUAGAUUGUUUAAAAAAAACUGUAAGGCUGACCCCUCCCAACAAUUCAGGCAUUUAAAGUUAGGAUAUAAAAAUCUUCAGUCUUGUCAUCGCUGGUCUUGCUUGGUUUUGGGUGUCAUGAGAAGAAAUCAGUAUGAAUUUCAGUAAUGACUACUUCAUUAACGACAACAGACUCCCGACAGCAGCUUUAAAGAUUUCCAAAGUUUAGACAAAAUUUACACUUGGAUGUUAAAAUUUUUGUGUACCCUUAGAGCCCCAGUUUGGCCACCCUAGUCAAAAAUAUCUGUCUCCACACCUGAAGAAAUAAAUUGUCGAAACAAAUAAAUAGAAUACUCAGAUUUGAGACACUGAUACCAGAGACGAACAUUCGGUAAUCAAAAUGGUUGUUGACAGACUUUCUGUUGAUAAAUAGACGAAUCUCUGCAGUGCCAGGAUUGUAAAUACAAAACUUUAGUUUGGAUGUGUUUGUCUGGUGUUAAAAUUUGAGUAAGACUAAGAUUUACAGAUUUAUAGACAUAAAUCAGUAGACUGUGAUAUUUUUAUGCUCCUUCUUUCAAAGGAUAUUUUGUUUGAUUUUGUCUUUGUAUUCUUCAGAAAAUAUAAACUAAUAUAACCAACUUCCGUUAGCAAAACACAAGCUUUGUUAUAGUUCUUUACCUCAUGUUGAAUAUGUCAACAAUAUACAUAAAUAUUUUCCACACACACAUCAUCAUUAGCACAUGUUUUAAAAAUGACAUAAUCUAGCAAACAGGCAAGUGAGCAUCACCCAACUCGAGGUGAGAGAGAGCUGCUUGGUGUUAAGAGGCAUGUGUCUGCUGAUUGGCCGCCUGCCGACUGACUGCCAUGAAUUUUGGCUUCUGAGCAUCAAAUCUGGAGCUGAAAGGGAAAAAACAAACUGUUAAAACUAAGUUGUGCUUGUUGUGGCCAUCAGCAGUGAUUCCAACAAAGUUUUUCUUGCAAAACGCUCCAUUUUUAUAGAUAAACCUUUUUCCGUAAUGGGUCUUAUUCUGCCUCUUCUCUCAGCUACUAACAGCCAUUAUAACGCUGUAAAACAGCACUCAUUAAUGCUUAACACCCAUGCAGCUCUUGUAAUGAAAGUCACAGCCUUACAUACAGAGCCCUACCCUGCAUUAUCAGGGAGAUGCUCUGUUACCGAACUCUCCAUGGGAAAUGUUUCGCAAUCCCACAAGUAAAUGUAUACAUUUAUUGGUAAUUGUAUGCAAUUACCAUCCCGUUAGCAAGUGUACACAUUAGCAUUUUUGCACAUUCACAGAAGCGCUAAUAGGAACACACAAAGCUGAUGCACCCCGUAAUCGCCUCGAAAAUAAAGACAUCAAACGGACUCCCCAUUUACAGAGGAUGAAGGGAGAAGAUAGAGUGGAGGCUUGCUGCGUGAGGGAGCGGGGAGGGAAGGAGGAGGGGGUGGGCAGGAUAGGGGUAAAGGAGUGUAGAAAAGUGAUGGUGAGGAAAGAUAGGAGCGCCUUCAGAAAGUGGGAAUGCCAAAGAGGUUUGGAAAGAGAAGGUCGGAGACGCAGAGGGAGACAAGGAGGGAGAUAAGACUGCAGCGUUUUCUCAGCAGGAGCACUGCAUCUCUCCUUGGGCUCCCCGACAUGACACAGUCUCGCAUCAACCGGGAUGGUAUUCAUCAGAGAUGCAGAUGCCUCAUCCAGAAUACACACGUACACACAAACACACACCUUUUUUUUUUCUUUUUUAGAAAGAAACAAUCUUGUUGAGAAUGCAAUUGUCUUUCACCAGUUCUAGCAAUUUCCUUUGUGCCUGCGUUGGGGCUCAGGGUAGUGGCCCAAUUGGCGUCUCACUCCAGUACCCCAUCUGGCAUUUGAAGUUCAUUUCUUUGCUGUUUGCCAGAACAUGAACAAACACGUGAACACACACUUACACACACUCUCAGUCGCAGGUAUUGUGCAGGAACAUUUAAUUAUUUGUGGUACUUGCCUGGCAAUACUCCGACAACUGAAAUAGCCACAGCUUUCAUUAAAAGCCCAUUUCAUUACCUUUAUGAAAAGAGGCCUUUAUGAUCCUGUUAUUUGUUAACAACCUGCUGUAAGGGCUUUUAUUAGUUGUGCAUGUGUGUCACGCUGCGGUGUGUGUAUGAACAACAUCUAUGCAAAUCUGAGCCUUGUAAUUAGUCUGCGUGGUUAUAUUUAACCUCAUUGUUUCACAACAGUUUGGCUUUAUGUAUGCUCAAAUUCACAUUUUCCAGUGACUGUGUCUUGCUGCCCUCUGUGCAUAUGUGCCAUGGUGUAAGUAUAUGUGUUUGUGUGUACGCCAGCGUGUAUCUGUGUGUGCGCGCGCGUGUGUGUUUUAACACGGAUGAAACUGACUCUGAUCUUAUCCAGCUUAAGACAAAUACACUGUUCUGCCCGCAGACAUUGUCAUGGAAACAAGCCGGUUUCCCUGGGUACCAGAGAGAAGGCCAAAUUCAAGCUAGAGACAGACAGAGAGGGAGAGAUGAGCACAGAUAAAAGAGACAAAAAAGGGACAAGAAAUAAAAGAUUAAGCACAAAGGCAGGACGUGUUCUGGCCAUUGUUUAGUCUUAAUUUAACGGGAUUAACAAUGUUAGAGAUUAUUUUGUUAAACUCUGAUUGCGUCCCUCUAUUUGCUUUAAACAAUCCUAACUUUGUCAUCAUUAUUAUUGUUUACUGAGACAUGACAGAUUGUUCUGACUAUGCUGAAUAGACAAGGCAUGAAACAUGCUGAUUGACUUUUUUUUUUUUCUCAUUUUAUGUCGCCUAAAUAGUUUAUUGAUUUGGUUCAGGCUGAUUAUCCAUUUGCUGAUUAUUGCUGCAACUGAUGUAGGCUAUUUCAAUACAAUAUGAUAAAUGAAGAUACAAUACAUUAAGAUACAGCACCAUACAGUUUAAUACAACAUGUUACAAUAUAAUAUAAUACAUGACAAUAUAAUCCUACAAUGUUACAAUUUAAUUUAAAGAGACUUUACUCCAAAGCAUCAUGAUACCGCACAUUACGAUAUGAAACAACACAUUGAGAUACACUAAUACAUUAUGUUAUGAUACAGUGUAGUACGAUCUGUCGGCAGCUUUAUCUGUGUAGCUCUUAGGGUCCAAGACACAUUUCCCAGAGACAAUAAAGUGUAUCAUAAUCGUAUCAUAUUGUAUCGUAUUGUAUUGUAUCGUAUCAUAUCAUAUCAUAUUGUAUCGUAUCAUAUUAUGUUGUAUUGUAUUGUAUUAUAUUGUAUCGUAUUGUAUCAUAUCAUAUGAUAAGAUUUUUUCUAAUACAUUAUGAUGUGUUACAAAACAGUAUGAUAUGACACCCUGUGAUAUAAUGUGGUACCAUACGAUACAAUCCUUAAUGAUAUUAGACGUUAUGAUAUAGUUUCCUCUGUUAUAGGGUAACUCGCCCCAGAUUUUAGUGCUUGUGCACAUUCAGCUGCCUUAACUGUAGAAUAAUUGUAUUAAAACAAUAGGAUUAACAACAAAACACAUGGAAACAUAAAUUUCAAUAUGCACGUUAGACUAACUCCAUUAAAUACCUUGAUAAGUACAAAAAAAAACUGCUUCAUUUGGUAUCUCUUUUGUAAAAUUAUCAAACUUUGGAGGUUUAAGCCUCCAAAUAUAGAGCCCAAACUCCAUAUUUUUCUUCGCCUUAUUGUAAAAAUCAAUAUUUAUUUGUUUUUUAAAUUGUUGUACACCAAAACAAGACAUUUUAUGACAUUACCUUUGGAUUUUGUGUCAUCUUUUAGCUUAAAAAAAUUGGAUGAACAGAAAUAAACAGGGACCUCAAUCUACAGAUCAAUAGAUUAUGAAAAUAACUGUCAUUUUAGCCUAAAAGCCAAUCGAAUAACUCACUUGUGACUGAUCUGUGCGAUAACAUAAGUUAGUGACAUAUCUUCAGAAUCCCACUUCUGCAAAAUGAAAAGAUAAAACAAUAAAGUGAGCACCGUUAUUGAUUCAUCCAAAUCAUUCGUUAUUUUUCAGAAGAUCUCGAUCGAUUCAGUAUUUCCGCACAGGUGAAACUUUUCGACCCGCUCCGCCCUUGCCAAGAGCUCGUCUUGAAUGUUUUAAAGCAUAUAUCUUGUGUGGGGAAUGAAUGCCUUCAAUUUAACAACAACAAAAAGAGGAAUAAGAGCUCUACAUUGCCGACCACCGAUCUGUCACUUGUGUCCUGACAGUAAUAUCCUCCUCUACACUAUUGCUCCCUUGGCAGUGAUGUGAUAGUGAAAUCGCUUUCAGAGCCAGAUGCUGUAUAUCACUGAAUAGAGAUGGAAACGGCAGUCUGAGUGCCUUUUAGUGAACUUGUCUGUAUGGAUUUUCACACUUUAACUUAAUAUAGAGACUAUGCAUAUGUUAGCAUACAUUUACAUAUAUUUCCCACACUGGUCAUCUAUCUGUAUACUGUACGAGUGCAUAGUUAAUCCACCUGUCUGUUAUUAAGGAGGGAUGCCUUCAUGCUUGGUGUUUGAGUUUAGGCUGUAUGUGUGUGUGUGUGUCUGUCUAUGUGCGUGUGUGUGUGUAUGUGUGUGUGGACAGUCUGAGAGGAGCUGAUAGCAGAACUGCAUGGUGGGCUAAAAACGAGGUGCAGUGGAAUUGCAGUGUGCUAUCUCCAGAAUGACAGGGCUGCCAUGAUUGAGGCUUGCUACACUAGGAUUUAGAUACCCCAGCAUUUUUCUCUUUUACCUCCUCCAUCCCUCGCUUUUUACCACUCCCUUCUUCCCUUGUCUCUCUUUCUAUCCAUCCGCCUCUUUUUAACUUCCAUUUUGUGUCACCCAUCUGAAUGAGCCCCUCCAUUUCCCCUCUUUCUUCCCCCCUUUCUUUCUUUCUUUCUUCCUCUUCCUCCCCCCUUGCUCCCUCUAUCAGGUGCUGUAUAAUGUAGGCUCCCCUGAUGUGCUCCCAGCCUCCAUCCGCCAUUUUGAUUCAGUACAGCUGUCCAUGAUAAUGUACUGUUCACUCAAUCACUCUUCCCCCCUUCUCUCUCUCUCUCUCUCGCCCUCCUUCCUGCCCCCCCUUCUCGAAACGCACACAUGCCCAAACGCACAUAUUUGCUGUAACGACUGCUGGAUUGCUGGGUUGCCAUGGAAAUGAGAAAUUAGUGUGUGAAAAUGUUUAGGAGGAGACCCAUGGGAAGAGACAAAGCCAUACGAGACAUGUACACACACACCACAUGUGCUCACACACAAAAAAAAUCCAUGUGAUGGGUGUUUGAUCAUCGGAGAGGCGGUACGGUUGCAGCUGGUCCCAGUAGCAUCAACCAUCAGAUCUCUCUCUCUCCCUCUCUCUCUCUCUUUCUCUCUCUGCUGCUUCCCUACAGACUGCUUUAUUCAUUAGGCGAAGUAGUUUAAUGAUAGCCUUCAAAGUCUGAUGCCAAUCACCCUCCGUCUUUACAUUUUCCCAUAUUCCCCCUUACUUAUUAAUUCCUCUCCUCUUUCUCAUGCCAAUACUUAAUAUCAUGAUUUUUUUUUCUGCUUAUAUCUUACCAAUUCCUCCACUCUCUCUCUCUCUAUCUAUCUCUCUUUCUCUUAUUCCCUUCUUCAGUAACUUAAUUAAAUCUGAUGUGAUUAAAUGAUGAGGAUCUUUUUUCAACGGAAAGAGAGAGAGAAAGAAAGAAAGAGAGUUUUUUUGUCAGAUCUGCCUGCAACUAAGAUUAUCAAUAUCAUAAUUUUCUCUCAAGUGGUCCAGUAAUUGUUUAGUCUAUAGAUACUCCAGAACCAAAAAUGACAUCUUUAAGUGGAUUUUUUUUGUCAAACUAAUGGUUCGAAAUCUUAAAGUGAUUCUUUUAUGAUCGUACAAAUCCAUUGAAAGCAGCAAAUCCAUCUUUUUAAGAGGCACAAGCCAAUAAACGUUUGGCAUUUUGGUUUGAAAAAUUACUUUUCAUUGAUUAACUUGGUGGUGUUGGGAAUCAAUCGAUACUCUGUGAAUCAUUCAGUUGAACCUUACCUAUAACGACACAUCCAGCACAGCUAGAAAGAAGACGGAUUUACGCAUAUGUGGCUCUAAAACAACAGAAGCUUUACUGAAUCAUAAAAUCUGAUGGUGAAGCUUCGCCAUCACCAGAGCGGAGGAAGUAUUCCAGUAGUAAUUUGAGAUUUGUACAUUUUUUCCCUCUCUUUUUAAUGAGGUGAUCUCGCUCGCAUGCUUAAAAGACCCCCUUUUUUUUAUAAAAGCGAGUUUUGAACAAAGGAAAAGUUUGUGUUCGGGACUGAGUGCCAAUUAAUUUUCUGUCAAAUCACCCGCUAUUUAAUCAAUUUAUCAUUCUAGGACUACAGACAGGGCUCUUUCUAGUGCAGAAAAGGCCAGCGUGUAAAAACAAUAAUUGCUAUUAUAGAAAAUAAAAGCGAACAAUCAGGUUACAACAAGAUGUAAUCAGGAAACAACGACUAGAGUAAUAAACGAACACAGCACAGGAAAUUAAAUAAAUGAGCAGCAGAGAUUUAUUUUAACUUAACAUAACUUACUAACUUUAUUUAAUGUGCUUCUGAUUUCAUCACUUUUUAUAUUGAAGACCCUGAGAGUAAUAAAACAGUCAUAGAUUUACAUGAUGGAUGCAGCGAUGAGAUGAGAAAUGAACUAUCUCUCAGUUUGACUUCUCUGGUCUGACGUCAUCCGUCUCGGUUGUCCACGGCUGAUUAGAGGUGAGCAAAAUGGCGCCAAGAGAGAGUCGAUACCUGGUUUUAAGAUAGUUGUUCUUUAAUCUGUUUUUCUUCACUUCUUUGAUAGUUGUCUAGUCGACAUAUCUUUUUCAAAAUAAAAGCGUGUUUGGCAUCAAAACAGGCAGUACAGCAGCAGCAGGUUAGAUGUUAAGGUGGUAGAAAAGCAAAUUAAAAGCAUCACAAGUAAAACUUGAACAUAAACUGGGUCACUCACUCCUUUUAAAAAUCAUGGAAAAAGUGCGUUUGCGAGUGUGUCAUUACACGGAACCCACUUUACUAUAAACCGUACGAGAAAUCAAACGACUAAAAAAGGAGUAAGAAGCAGAGUUUUUGAACCUCUCUUCUUGCAUUUGCGUUUUCCCCCCUUCUUCUUCUUCUUCUCUGCAUCCAUUUCUCCUCUUCCCGCUCGCUUGCGUUGAUCGACAGAGCUCUCCACAGGAUGAAGUGUGACAUGUGGUGUGUAUGUCAGUGUCUGUCUCACUGUUUACUCUGAGCUAAUACUGACUCACUCCAUUAAUCUGAGCUACAACAGAUCCACUCCAACCUGCCCACUUGAGAGCGCGUGUGUGCUUCUCCAUCCUUGUGUGCGUGUUUUAUAGGUGUGUGUGUGUGUUUGCCGAAUACAGGCAUGCAGGACACGUGUCCUUCAUUGUGUUUGUGUCACCCAAUAUGCAUUUUCCUGCCUGAUUUGUGUGCGUAUACGCCUGUUGUUGUUGCGGGCCAGGGCUCCCAGAUCGAUGCAGAGAUGCUUUAUGUGCUCCUGUCUGCUCUAAUGACAUGUCUGUAAAUUAGUAACAGAAUGGUGGAGCAGCGCACUGAAACCUAAUGGCACCUCUGUAAAUUACCGCUAGAAUGCUGCUGGACGGCUGUGUGUGUUCUCAUUGUGAACAACUCACCCCCUCCCUCUCUCCUUCCCUCCGCCACCUCAUCUACAUUUGUCUGCAUGUCUGCUUGUGUGUGCCAGUGUGAUUGUGCGAGCAUUUGUGGCCGUUCUUUUUCCUUUUUUUUUUCCAGUCUUUCUUUCUUUCCUUCUGUGUGUGUCCUUUUUUGUUCGUCUCCUCCUCCUCCUCCUCCUUUUUUCGCUCUCGCUCCUUCUCAGUAAAGACUAGCCCGGGGCCCUGAGUUGGUAAUAGCUUUUCUGACAGCAAUACACCAAUAUUUACAGAGACCAGCACCCACCCACACCCCCGCACACAUUUCAUGCACACAUAAAAAGCAUAUACUGCUUGUCCGUGCGCGCAUACACACUUCUCGAGCGCAAACUUGCGCAGACACACUCACACGCUCUUAAUUAACAUGCUGGGAGGGAAGAAACACACUCGGGGAGCUCACACACAUGCUGGCAAACAACUUGUUGUUUCUCACUCAUAUAUUGGCAUUCACACUUUGUUUUUUUUUUCUUCUUACUGCAGACGCAAAGAAAGACAAUUUGCCACAAUUGCUAUUUGAGUUGUGAUAUAUUCUCACUUCUCAUUAUUCUCUCCGUGUUAUAUUCACUCGAGUGCGGCCAACUCCAUUUCGACGCUCUUCUCCCUGCUUCUCACUACUUUAAUAAGCUAUUACACUUCAGUCUACUCAUUACGUGGCAAUCAUCCACCACCCCUCCCUCCAUCCAUCCAUCCAUCCAUCCAUCCAUCCUCUCCAGCGGUUCCUCACCAAGUGUCUGCCUUGCUCCAGCCUGACCCAGCGCGUGUUAAAUUCCCCUCUGUUCUCCUCAUUAUCGUGAACUACAAGCCGGUGGUUGUGCCAAAGGCUCCACAGGGCAAAAGAAAAAGGAGGCCAAUGAGAUGUGCAGGGAGAGGAACGGUGGCGUGAAGCUUGUAGAGGAGGUGUGAGAGGUGUAGGGAUGGUGGUGAGGAGGGCGGAUGCAGAGCGGAGGAAGGGUGAUGCUUUAGGGGGAUGGGUGCGAAGGAGACAGAUAAUGUCACCCCUGCUUGCCAGCACAAUACUAUGAUCGCUUUUUUUGCGGGCAGAUGUGUGUAGGUGUGCAUAUUUGUUCCAGCGCCGGCUUGCGUAUGCGGCUGCUCGCUUCUCUAAGAGUAGAGUAGAUAAGAGAGCGCGAGCUUAAGGAUGAUGGAUUGCGAAACCUUGGUCUAGUGUCCUUGGGGGUCACUCAGGGUGCGCAAGGUAAGUCGCCAUUGGCUGUCUGCCUGUAAUUCUGAAUUCUAAUUGGCCGAUCCUGCCUGCUUUAACUGCCAUGAUGUUCCCAAGGUGCUGUUCUUCAUCUUCAUCUUCAUCCUUCCUGAAAAACCCUUCCUCACCUGUACUCUUACUGCACAAACAAACUCGCACACACUCACAAACACACACAUAUAUAUAUAUAUAUUCUGGCAUUGGACGAACAUCACGAAAUGAGCCAUGUUGUCAAACAAGACCACAUCACUUCAGACUGCCAGCACAGAUGUUCUCUCAAAAGAGAGGAUGGCAGGUUUCAUAACCAGUUUGGAAAGCUACAGACUCACGACCGUCUCUCUCUCUCUCUCUCUCUCUCUUUUGCAUCCACACUGUUUAAUCUGCAACCCACAUGAGUGAUCAAAGCUUGUUUACACACCACUUCAUGGUACGAUUAGAGGUAUGGAAGGAAGUGUUUCUUCCCAGUGCUGGCAUCAGUGAGGCUUUGCUUGACAGUAACAACAUUUGCAGCAUCUUAAACAAUAUGUUUUGUGCAGCACAUCCGAAUCAAAUUUAACCACGCCGAGUAAAGCUUUGUUUUACUCGCCUGGCUCUGAUGAACACCCACCAUUUUAUCAUCUUUGAGCAUAUUGUGAAGAGAAGUGUGGGAAGCUGCAACAUAGUUUGGGUUGUACUAAUCAUUAUGAUAAUGUCAAACAAGUGAAAAAUGACACCACACUUCUUUGUUCUUCCUCCUCCUCUCUUCUCUCCCUCGUCUAUCUCAGCUCGUGAGGAGUAUGUCGCCACCUUCAAGGGCUCCGAGUACUUCUGCUACGACUUGUCGCCCAACCCUAUCCAGUCCAGCAGCGAUGAAAUCACACUCUCCUUCAAGACGCUGCAGCGCAACGGCCUCAUGCUGCACACCGGCAAGUCAGCCGACUACGUCAACCUGGCACUGAAGAACGGUGCCGUGUCGCUCGUCAUCAAUCUGGGCUCCGGGGCCUUCGAGGCCUUGGUGGAGCCUGUCAACGGCAAGUUCAACGACAACGCCUGGCACGACGUCAAGGUCACCCGCAACCUGAGACAGGUAACAAGAAAACAGGGGAUGGAGGAGUGAGCAACCAAGCAAACAGGAGAGAAGAAGAAGUAAAGUUUGUUAAGAUAUCAUAAAACCUAGUUUACAGACAGUGAGAGGUAGGUUUUUAAAUAAGAUGAUAUUAGCAAUCAACAAACAGAAAUAAGCUAAACAUGAAACUUUUUUACUUUCUUCUUAAAAACUCAACAACUAAAUCUUCUUUCUACUUUCAACUAAAACAACUAAUCUCUUUCAGCAUGUAAAAACGGAGGGUUUCCACUUUCCUCCGUUUCUCUAUCAGGUUGUUUGGAGAUUGGACCUAAACAAGGCUCUUGAAAUAUACACAUUAUUCUUCAGGGAUAUCACAAUAUGAUCAGACACAGCAGGAUAUUCUCGUGCUCAAUUAAGGGUAUAAGUGACCCAGUUUUACAGAACAGAUUCAGCAGACUCGUUUUUGUUUUGCCUUUUAACACUCCAUGUUUAGGGUUACUUUGUUUGCUGCCAAGAUAGAUUCUUUUGAAGGAUACAAAAGGUACGACUUUCAUUUUUUAGUAAUAUGUGUAAAUUAAACCAGCUAAACAGAAUAAAGGAUCAACGCAAAUGCUUUUAGAUCUCCUCAGUGUAUACUCCUCACCCCCUAGAGAGGCAUCACGUUGUCAGCAUUGUCUGUUACGUCUCUUUCUCUCUUUGUUGCCUGCAGAGCAGGUUCGGAGACGCUACUCGUGAUGUGUGCAUGUGGAGUAGAAAGACAGUGAGAGAUCUUUCACGGGUUUAUCAUUAGUGGAUUUGUGAUCAUAUGAGGAAAAGGAAAGAAAAUGGUGAAAUUGUCAGUAAAUGCACUUUGGCUGUCCUCCAUGGUAUCGUCUAUGUGUGGGAAAUGCCGGCAGUGCAUCCUCUCUGAAAAAAAAAAGGAGGUCUCCGCUGCCAUCCUGUUUGUUUGCUUUGUUUGGUAUCAGACAUCAGGCGCAUAAAUAAAUAUAGCCAAAGAAGUCGAAGGAAAACAGUGCCCUCUGCUUUUUUACGAGGGUAUUAUUAGUUAAUUUUUAUUGCACAGAUUUCAGAUUUGGUCAUUUUCAGAAGCAACAAUCAGCAUUUUUGACUGUUUUUAAAUGUUUAAUAUUUAUUCUAUACUUUUACUUUGAUUUUUAUAGAUUUAAUGAUUUAUUUUUUGAAAAAUUAAAACAUAAAAUAAAGAAGAUUUUUAGUCCCUGUUAAAUAGAUAAAUGUGUGUUUGACUCUGGUAAACCACAGUGACCGUUGCAGGUGUUUCAGGGGGCAGUGGGCUGCAGGAAAAGACUUUAGUCCGCAGCAAGACACUAAUCAAUGUAGAGGCUACGGUCAGUGGUCUGUUGUCCGACUGCAGUGAAGCUGUGGUAGGAAGAGAAUACCUGAGGUUUGGUCUUAGUUUACAGUGGGUUAACCACCAGACCAGCCCUGCUCUCAGCUCUAGGUGAGUGCUCUUUUAAUUGUGUGUGUGAGUGGGUGAAUGAGAGGGUGAUGGAACUGGAGAACAUCGAGGAGGUCACUAGCACUCAGGUGCUUGUAACCCACCUGUGCCCUACCUUCUACCGUUUGCCUGUUUGUACUACUAACUUGACUACUAACUUUACUAACCUGCUAGUGAAACUAACCUUCAUCCAUGGAAUGAUUCAUACUACUAACCUAACCUGUGCCCUUCUCCUAGCGAGACCACUCCAACCAACCAACCAACCAACCAACCUACUAACCUCACCAGAGGCCUUCUAGCUUUCCUUUUUUUGGUUCCCGAAGUUGUUCUGUUCACAGUUUUUUUGCUUUCCUUUCUCCCCCUCUCCUACAAAGCACUCAGGCAUUGGACACGCUAUGGUAAACAAACUCCAUUGUUCGGUAGAUAUCAUUCUAAUUGUUUCUUAGUUUGGGUUUGCCCCGUGUCUAUUUCCUUUUGAGCCAUAGACAUCAAAACUAAACCAAUAACAGGAUAAAUGCGGUUGGUAAUCUUUUACGCUUAAAAAGCCCCGUCCCACCUCUCCUUGCCAACCACUUUUUUUCUUUAAAGUCCCCCCUUCCCCCCUUUCUCUACCGUUUUUUUCACCCCAUCUCUCUGUGACAUGUAGGCGUGUACUGAUUGGCUCAUCCCUCACCUGCACGCAAAAGCGAGCCUCCCUUUCCUGCAUGGCGUGACUCAAAAACCCCCUCUCUGACUGGUCCAUUAAAUGGAUAGAGAGGUCCCUCCUUCCCCCCCUACUUAAUUCUUUUCUUUUUGAUUGUCCUCCACUCUUGCCACUGCAUGCGCUCCAUGGUGCCUCCAGUUCAUCAUGUCGUGCAUUUCUCGAACCCCAUCUACUGCGUCCUCUUUGCCAGUGGUUGCAUGCCCAGAGAGGAGCAGGCUGCAUGUUUAUAUAUUAAUGUGUAUGUGUGGAAUGAGCCGUGACCCAUCUAACACCUGUGCGUGUGUGUACAUCAGUGUGUGUAUUUCGGUCCAUGUGUCAUCUCAUUCAGACUCAAUGAUCUAACAAAUCCCCCCAGACCACAAACUAACUAACAAACUAACACCAUCAUCACAAAUCACCUCUAACAACACAGCAACAUAACAUCAUCACACAUACUAACAGCAUUGAAAUCAUGAACCCUAACCUCAGUAACCCAACACAGCUUGGCCUGACACCAGAAACAUGACUGUGGCUGCCAGCAAUGCAACAACUAACAACUACUAACAACUGGAUAGUACUAACACGUACUGUAGAGCACGAAGAAGCCUGCGGAGACUUUUACUAACACCUGCCUUCUUGGCUGGGCGAGUUUCGCUCGGCAAAACCACCGGCGAGAGAUUGUAGAGAGAGUACAGAGCUCACAGCCUUUAUUGUUAGCAUUGUUCUGUAGGAUAUCAGGGUGAUAAAAUACCACUAACUGUGAAUUACGUGUGACAGGGUCUGCAACCAGUGCAACUUAAAAGCCCCCAUAUGGGCUGUUAUACAGCAGAAUGGGCUGUUUAAAUUAGAAGAACACCGGCAUCAGAGCCACCUGAGGUAGCGCAUUAAGGAAACUCGUUGUUAGUUUUGUUGUCACUUUCUAUUUUAAAGAUAAAGCAGCUAAGAGACUUUGGCAGAGGCACAAGGAGGAGAACUUUUAUAUGAAAGUUGAACUAGCGCACUCAGAAGACAAGGCUAGCCUUAAUGCAGAAGUUGUGUUGGUUUUGUAGUCGGUACACCGCAGUGACAGGAGGAUCAGACUUUGGAGUCUGGGAGUGCAGAGUUUCAAUCCAGCAGUGGUGGCCCUGCAGCUUUUUCGGUAUCAGUGAAUCUUUAUUAAUCACACACACAGGAUCUAGUUGUUAUUCUGUACAAUAGACUUACUGCUGUCGACAGGCAGACCACAUAGUCUGAUUCCAGCUAGAGAGAGAGAUCCGGCCACAGACUGUAGGCAGAUGAGGCGAGUGGCAUUUUACAGUUUAUAGCAACAUUUCCUUUACACUACACACUAAACAAUGAUCCAAACACACCAAAACAGACUGCAAACAAACAGCACAACUAGCCAAUUCCCCAAACCAAUCAGGCCUUCUCCCCAACACAAUACAUACACAUUGGUUACCUGAGUAACGGGGGCUAAUUUGGCUGGUCAGCGCCUAGCUAGCGCUUAGCGCUGCCUUUGGUGUGAGUAUAUAGCGUGUCCUUUCCCUGUGCUUUGUUGUGUAGGUGACCAUCUCUGUGGACGGCAUCCUGACCACCACGGGCUACACCCAGGAGGACUACACCAUGCUGGGCUCUGACGACUUCUUCUACGUGGGAGGAAGUCCAAGUACGGCCGACCUGCCUGGCUCUCCUGUCAGCAAUAACUUCAUGGGAUGUCUUAAAGAGGUGGGAUACACGCCUGACUAUAAAAAUAAAAUAAACACUAAAAUGUCUCCAUAAUAGAGUUUAAAUGUUGAUGUUGUCGAGAGGUGUUUUUCCAGGUUAGAUAUACAAAUAUUUAUGUACUGUAUUGUAUCAAAUAAAACUCUGCACACUUGUAGAUCACCCUCUGUAAUUUUGUUCUUUUUUCAGCACAAAAUCUUCAGAGUUAUUAACUUUGACAGACUCUAAAUUGACUAAACCUCAGAUGUUGUCUCCACGUAGAACUCUUUCACCAAACAAUCCGGCUUAUUACAAUAACCUGGUUCUUGCUCUUUUACUGUGCAGAUUUUUGUGGACUUUUAGGUUUCAAGAAAUCCUUUUUUUUCUAUUUUUAUCACCUCCUUUUUAUUCUUUCUCUCUGCCUCUUUCCGCUUUCCGACACGCAUCACGCAAACAUUUCACACGCAUUACUUUAUCAAGCGCGCACGCUCACACACACACACAGGGAAAUGCUUCCAUUUGGCAGACUCGCACAAACAGUCCCAGACACACACACACACCCUCCACAGCAUCAGAGAGAAUCAGUGAUGAGUGUCGUUGAGGGAGUAGAUACAGCACUAGGCACUAACAUGCUAAUUAGCUACGCCACAGAGAUGCUCCAUCCAUCCGCUGUGCUCGAAAUGGGCCACAACACUGCAAAACAAAAAAAAAAAUGACAUGACACACACACAUGAAAACACAGUAAGACAUGUGCUUACACACACACACAAGAGCUUAAAAUGUACACACAGAUGUAUGUCAGAGGAUAUUUGAGAUGGCAGCUAAAACAAACCAAAUAAAAGACACCUGGACUUGAAAUUUCAAACAGAAUUAACAUAGAUAUGGAUACACAAGAAACUCCCAAACACACCCUUACGCUCUUUACAUACACAUGAUGUCUGACUUCCAUUCACACGGGCUCACACAGAGACAUAAACAAACAACCAAACAAGCCGACAGAUGAUGUGCCAAACAGAGAGCUAUCUGUAUCAGCGGUGAAUGCGCUCUGUGUUGCUUCAUUAAGACUGAUGGUGUUUAAACGAGGCUGCCGCUGUCAGAGUGAACCCCAUCCACUGGCACAUUUACAUAUUUAAUACGAUGAUGUGAUAAUCCGCGUGAGCAAAUUAAGAUGUAUGCGUUGAAUCACGCGCAUGAACGAUCACGGCUGUAACAAUUUGGUGCAUUUGAUGCAGCGCAGGCGUACUUUCACACACACACACUAACCCCGUUUUGUACAUUUGCAGCUCUUUUUAUUCAAUUAUCACCCUCAUUGCCCUACACACACACACACAUCAAAGCGCAUGACAGAAAAAAAAGGAGAUUUUUUUAUAGUUGCUAAGUAGCUCACAGGUCAAAGAAAGAGGUCUGUAUUAAUAAAGCAGAGCCUGUGUGUGCUCGCCCCUCUCGACAUCAGAAUGCUCAGCACAAGCAGGCUCUUUACACUCACGCUGCUCAGUCAGAGAGCGUACUGUGUCAGGGAGAGGGACGAGAGAAACAGAAAAGAAGAGCGGAGUAAAAGCGAUCAUGCAAGUGGCAGGGACAAACGGGGAGUUAUCAAAAGAUGAGUCUGGAGGAAGGCUGUCACUUUCAUUUAAAAAGUACCAAACACUUGUAUAUAAUAAGAAAUCCUCAGCUGAAAGACAUAUUGUGUGAUUUCUUGAGUGUUUUGCCCUACCUAUAAGUGCACUCUUUUUUUCUUAAUGUAUGAAAUGUUAAUCAAAUUGUGUUUCUUUUCUGCACCGAAUAUAAAGUAGAAGUUAAGCGAUGUAGAUUUGAUUAACCCGACGUUAAUGUUUCCCCUCCCAAGGUGGUGUACAAGAACAAUGACGUUCGGUUGGAGCUGUCUAGACUGGCGAAACAGGGAGACCCAAAGAUGAAGGUAUGCACUUUAAACAGCAUGUACAAUUUGAGCCAGACAACACAUUAUCCUCUUAUGCACAGAACGCAGGCAUUGUUUUGUAUCAUAACCUCCUGUCAGGCUCUGCGAGGCUUAUGCUGUAGGAAUUUUAAGUAAAUGGGAUUAUAUAUUUGAGAUGUAGCCAGAAGCUUUUGUCUUUUCGGCAGUUCACAGCUGGGAGUAACUGGCUUUAAUUCACUCCCAGACUACAAAGGAAGCAUUUUUCUCUCUUGAUUUUCACCGGACAUCAGCCUAAAGACCCGUUUAUUCUUCUUUUUCUUAGGUGAGCGGCGUGGUGUCCUUUAAAUGUGAGAGUGUAGCCACGCUGGACCCGGUGACCUUUGACACCCCCGAGUCUUUUGUCGCGCUGAACAAGUGGACAGCGAAGAAGGCGGGAUCAAUCUCCUUUGACUUCAGGACGACAGAGCCGAACGGGUUGAUGCUUUUCAGUCAUGGAAAACCCAGACAGCUGCAACGCAAGGACCCGAGAACGCCUCCUACAGUCAAGGUACUUUGAUUUUUUUAUAUUUACAAGAACUUUAGAGCUGGAAAAAUAGGUUUGAAAAGCUAUUUUUAUACAAAACUUGAAGCUAAAUCCAAAUGAGAAUGCUAACAUGCUAUAAAGGUUUACUGCUAAGCUUGUUUAUCAAUUUCGUUUUGGGUGUUAGGUUGUUAGCUUUUGCAAUUUAGCUGGAGUAGAAAACAGUGCAAUUUUUUUUGCACAUACUUUUGUGUCAACGGUGUGUUUGUCUCAUGGCAAUAUGUCCAACAAACCCCAAAUUUAAUCCUUAUAGUGUCCUUAUUGUGAGGGUAAGCCAUCUUUGGGUGCAUCCUCUUGAAAUCAUCCCAUCAAAAAUGCGCUUUUUAUUGUUCCUGUUGAAUUUUGUGAAGGAAAGCGUGUGACGUUUUGAAACACGAGUGAUUAAGUCACAAAUGAUGCUUGUAAUGCUAUCCUCCUGUGGAACAUCGAUUACCUGGUUGAUCAUGUAAAUUCGGAUCCCCAGGAAGUUCUUGAAUUUGAUGAAAAAGUCUUUGUUUGGCAGGCUCCACUAAAAGGCGACAACAUAUCACAACAGACAAGAUAAUAGAUCUGGAGCCCAGUCAGCUCAUUGUAACUUGUUGCUAUAAUUAGCAUUUUUAUUGCCAGCCAUGACCCUGCUUUUCUCAGAAUACUGAUGAUGUCCCCCGUUUGAUUUACAGGUAGAUUUUUUCGCCAUUGAGAUGCUGGACGGGCACUUGUACUUGCUGCUGGACAUGGGCUCAGGAACCACCAAGACCAAGGCUAUCGACAGAAAGGUCAAUGAUGGGGAAUGGUAUCAUGUGGACUUCCAGAGGGACGGGCGCUCAGGUACUCUCACAGCUCUCUCCACACCGAUGCUAACCUUGACCACAGAGGUUGAUAAGGAGAAGGUGGAGUGUAAUGAGUAGGCGAGAUCGUACUUCAGCAUUUUAUAGUGAGCACCAUCAAAGCGAGGCCGUUUGACUGCUUUCUGCCUGCUGUCUGUAUUUCAUUCAAACUAGGGUCAUUGAAUCUGGUGGUUAAAGCAUUUUGUUGCCUCUUUUUCCACGCUGCUGUACUUAAAGCAACAUUACCCAUUAAACUUAUGCUUUCUGUGUGGACACAUAGAACAGACCCACACUGUUCCCUUUGUUGUCUUUUCAUUUACAUUAUAUGUGUGAAUUUAAAUGAAGAGCCCUCAUCACCUGUCAGAUGACUCCAAACAAAGCUCCAAUGUUGGUAGAAAUGAUACGAAGAAAUCUUUUUUUGCAGUGUAUAUUGCAAUUAGAAUAUAUCAGUUUAAUAUGUCAGACUAGUUAAAUUCAUGAAAUUCAUAUUUAGCAGUUAUGAUCUCAUUACUGUAGACUCAAAGUCACAGCAGCUUUGACACAAGCACUGAGAGAGAGAGAGAGCAGUGGGGCUCUACAAAUAGAAGUGUAUGCCACAGUUGUGUUAUUGAUCUCACCCCUUCACGCGGCGUUUGAUUGUACGUUAAUUAAUGUGUACAGCUUGUGACUGAAACUUAUCACGAGGAAAGCUCUGCGUCUUUCGCUUUUACAUCACUGAACGGUAUGUUGGCUGUAGGUGUAGCCGUUCAAAGUGAACACUGACUGGAGGCACAUCUGUUGAGUUAAUAGCCCACUUUUACAGCCACGUUUUUAACAGAGGUAUGCAGGUAUUGGAGGAUUUUGAUUUGGUGUGGUUCUUAGUUUUUAGAGUCUUGGUUUUGUACAUUUUUGGAACAGUGAGGGAAACAAAUAUGAUGUGGAACAUUCAUUUUCCUUUAUUAGGAACUUAAAGAUCUUAAACACAUCGUCUUAAGUGGAAAAUCAACAAUUCAGGGUGUAGGCCUACGCUACAUUUUUCUAUGAUAUUUUCAUAAAAACAUGAUAAGAGAAAUUAACAUUAGAAAGAAUAAAAUAGAAUUUAAAAAAUAGAAAAAUACAGGGUCCAAAAUUUACGACGGACUAUUAGGGCCACAUUAAGAAAAAAAAAAAAAAGACUUCAAGAUUAAAGUCGUUAAUUUAUGGGAAUAAAGUAAUUACUUAUGAGAAUAAAGUCGUAAUAAAAUAAUUACUUACGAGAAUAGAGUCAUUAUAAAAUCGUUGAAAUGAGAGCCAUGGAACAUUUUGUGAAAAUGUACUUUAAUAUAUGUUUCUCAAACAAGGAGAUACUCAAGUUUUUGGCACAUCAGCACCCCAUUAUCUUAAGUAUAUGACGAUUUUGUUACGACUUUAUUCUCGUAAGUACGUAAUGACUCUAUUACGACUUUAUUCUCGUAAGUAAUAACCUUAUUACGACUUUAUUCUCGUUAGUAAUGAUUUUAUUCCAGUAAAUUAACAACUAUAAUCUUGAAGUCUAAUUUUUUUUUCUUCAUGUGGCCUUAAUACUCCGUUGUAAAAACAAGCUCCUGCUAAGUGCCAAGCAUUAUUUGACACAGGUAAAUAUUUGUACCAAAAUAAUCACCUAUGCCCCUCCCUCUCCCUUAUUACUAUACUGGACACACAGCCAUGAUAACUCUGUCUGUUUUUGGGUGAUUUGUUGAGAAAAUCACUGAUCAGAAACCAGCGUUUCAGUGGCCUUGCUGCGUACCUCCAUUUUCCACUCUGUGCGGAGUCCUUGGAUUUGAAUUACCUUUGGUAUUGCGCCAAUCCAACUUAGUGCCAAACCCAAUUGCACCAUACUGAACCAGUCUAGUGCAAAUACAUGUACUUUUACACCUUUACAUCCCUUCAAAUUAACUACUACUACACCAGGACACAGUGCUGUUGGUAACAGGCACAAGCAUGCAUUAAAAAGCCACCCAUUGGUAAUUGAAAGCCUGCCUUGAGCAUCCAGCUGCCAUUAUUUAUGAUGGCAGUAGAACAUUCAGUGCUUGUUUACAGUCAUGUGACACAUACACUCUGCCUGCACAGUGGUCAGAUCCCUGUAUGAUCUGGUGAAGGGCUGCAAUGACAUGCCGGCAGACAGACUUUUCUUGUAGAUUAAUCAUGAAAACUGAACAUGCCCUGGGUCACAUGCUUGCACAUGCAAAUGGUUAACAGUAUAUACAGCUUGUGCAGCCAUAUAUACAGUAACCUUUUCUCCCUGAUACAAGCAUGACAUGAUUCUUGUUAAACUGCAAGAACGCCCCAAAAUAUAAAUUAUUAUAAUUAGUAACACUCUUAAAUGACUGUGAGGGAUUUGCAUUAUUUCUGAUAAUAGAAGUGAGAAGAGGAGGUGAUGAAGAUGGUGAGAAUUAGGAAUUGAAAGCGUGGGAGGGAUGACGACGAUGAUGUUGAUUAUACUCAUAACUUUGAUGAGGAUGUUCACAGUGAAGGUCGCACCUUACAGCUUUUCUGAGGCUGUUCUAAUGGCUGGUUUUUAAUGCAGGAACCAUCUCAGUGAACAGUGUGAGAACGGCGUACACGGCGCCAGGAGACAGUGAGAUCCUGGACCUUGAUGACACUUUGUACCUAGGAGGACUACCUGAAGAUCGCGCUGGGCUCAUCUUCCCCACAGAGGUUUGUGUGCCUACAGUAUGACCUACAAAUGUGAUAUAUCUGAUAAUGAGUUCAAUCCAAACAUCUGAUGGUUCAACUCUUUCUAUGUUUGAAUAUCUGCUUUCCAUGAUCUUACACUAAAUAAUUGUAGUGUUUUGUUGUUUUGGGAGUGUUGAUGUUGGAAAAAAUUAAAUUGAAUCACCUUCAAAAAAGCAAAGAAGCAUUUUUCAUCAUCUUCAAUGGUUUUAUAAUUGCCAUAUUAAUCAAUAAUGAAUUAGCUGCAGCCAUGCUUGAUAUGCUGUCAGUAUUGAAUAAGUCUUGCCCUCCAUGUUAGAUCGGUUCUCUGUCUAUGAACCAUCAAAUCACAUCUUUCCGUUCAAACCACAUUAUCUGAGAUACCUGGGAGCUGUCUCGAUUGAUCGUUGAAAUCAUUUUUCAGGGGAUUUUACGUGAGAUUUUUCCCUUUCUUUAUUAAAGCAGGAAGAAUAUGUGUGAGAUUUGGAGUUUGACAGACAAAAUAAUCAUUGGCUGACAGCUUUAUUUGUUAUAUUUUUCAAGGAAAAAUAAUUGAAAUAUAAAGUGAGAGGAAAAACAGGAGAACAGCAAUCCUACUCGAUCAAUUUUGUUGUUGACCUUACACAGAAAAACAGCUAAAAAACAUGUAUAUGCAUUAGAGACAGAUGGCUUGUUUUUCAACAUUUCAGCUGUUAAAAAAAGACCUGUGGUGUUUGAGAAAGAAGUUACCAUUGAGCGAAGUCGGUAAUUUCCUCCUGAGUUAUUCUGUUCUCAAGUUUUGAGCUUAGCUCAAGCUGAAAAAAAGACUUUUUUUCCUUUUAAAUCCAAAAUAGCUGCCAUCUCCAGCUUCACUGUGAGCUCCCAGAUUUGGUUCAGACUUAAGCGCCAAAUGCUGCAUAAUGUGAUCCAUCUCCUGCCAGUGAAACCACUAAAAACACAGGCGAUCUCUUCCUCAGGUGUGGACGGCUCUGUUGAACUACGGCUACGUGGGCUGCAUCAGAGACCUGUUUGUGGACGGGCAGAGCAAAGACAUCCGGCGUCUGGCUGAGGCUCAGCGGGCGGUGGGAGUGAAGCCUUCGUGCUCCAGAGAGCCUCCCAAACAGUGCCUGUCCAACCCCUGCCAGCACAACGGCAUCUGCAGAGAGGGCUGGAACCGCUACGUGUGCGACUGCUCGGGGACGGGUUACCUGGGACGCUCCUGCGAAAGAGGUAAGACUGAUGCGGUGGGAGGUCAGAGAGGAUAACACCUCAAGUUGACGCCUAACAGCUUGUUCGGUAAUUGGCUGAGAUGCUCGAUGCACAUUUUAACAAUAGAGAUUAGGGAGCUGGCUAAUUACAGUCACUAAACAGGCACAUUUUCUGAGAAAUUAAUAAUAUGCUGUGAUGCAGAAAACAGUCACUCUGACAGCUUUGUCAUUUGCUUUUUGGCUUCAGAACAUUGAGUUUUGCCAAAGGGAUGAAUGACAGAAGACAGAUGGUAAGGGCUGGAGAGUCUGUGGUUUUAAAGUCAGAAAUAACUCGUGAAAAUAUAUUAUGAUCAUCAGUUAUAUUGAGCAAUAAAAUUUUAUCCAUUUUACCUUUAAGACGUGCUUUUUUUUCCCGUUGACGCCUAACCUAACAGAUCAGUUUGAAGUACUUUUUCUAAUGCGCACUAAAAAGUACACUCAUAAAGAUUUAUAGUGGAUAAAAGUGUAUCUAAAGUAAAAGGGAAAUGUAAAUUGAGUUCAGGUAAGUUUAGCUACAUAAAUGACGAGGAGUAAGAAGCUGGAAAGAAGGCAAAGUAAUGGUAUGUGGACAUAAAAACGCAAAUAAAAACAAGCCAAAAUCAGACAGCUUGCACAACAACGAGAUAUAAUAAUAGUGCAGCAUUUCUAACUCUGGCUGCAUCUAUUUUAAUUCAAGAAAAUAAGACCAAUUCCCAGCCUUGAGAGAAAGAGUAUGAGUGUUAAGAUGGAGGCUGGGAAAAAGAGAGGAUCAAACGAAGGUGAAAGAGAAGAGGUGGGAGGAAGCCGAGCCGCAGACAGGACUAUCGGACUGUUCUGGAUGUAGAAACCGGGAAUCGAUGGGGGAGGAAAUGUGCAGAAAGCAGGGAGCAGGAGCUGUGACAGAGGAGGGUGGAACCACUAGGCUGGAACCGCCGUAUGACAGCAGGUGAGGAGAUGAGGAGGAAUGGGAGACGAGAGUAGAAAAUCUGACAGAGAGGGAGAGAGAGGGAGAGAGUUAUGAGGGAAAAAAGGUAUUCAGGCCGAGAUAGAGAAAUGGAAAGUAGGUAAAGAGAUUGGCAGGGGGACUGAUACAGGCCUGUUGAAAGAGGCGAGAUGGAGUCAGACAAGGAGAAGAGAAGAAAUUUUGUUUGUGCCACAACUGCUGACGCGUCUCAAGUGAUGAUUGUACUAUCAUCUAACAGGAGAUACUGACACACACGCACAUACACUUUCUGAAAGCCGUUGAUAUAAGAAUUUUAUUUCAGCGGACAAACAUCCGCAGUGUAUGUUUAUCAUACCAAUGUACCCUCCGUCUUUCUCUCUUCUUCUCUCGGCGCUGUCUUCCUCUCCUCUAUAUCUUCGUUCAUCCCUCUCUGUGUGCAUUGAGGGGUCACUAACUGGUGCUUCAGUGGAUUAAAGGAAGCACAGAUGGAGAAGCAGAUGGAGAGAGUGAUUGGCCAUGUUUACGCCUUCUACCUGCGGUUUUUCUCCCUCCCUUUUUCUUCUCCUCCCUCAUUCUCUUGCUCUCUCCUUUGUUCCCCCCUCUCUCUCUCUCUUCUUUAAUGAACAAAGAUGGUCGUCACGCUCCAGCUCCAAGAUGAAUUUUUAUUUUCUAAGGAGCGGUGGCACACAUAUUUCUUGUGACACACUUGCACGUCUCCUAACACUUUGCUGAUGCUCGCUCGCUGCUGUUCACACUGGAGGGUUCUUUGCUCGGUGUCCUGGUUUCUCCUCGGUAGCUCAUCCCUGCCAGAUAAAUAAAAAUAGAUUCAAACACCAUAAAAUCAUCUCAACUUAUUGACAGAGAAGAAUUUUCAAUUCAAGAAACAUAAAUCCUUUUUUUAAGCCCCUACUUUGAACUGAUCAGUCAAAGAAGAUGCUUAACCCUCUCUUAUAUCUAAGUUGGCCUGUACCAUCUUCAAUAACAACUGGCUAUAAUAGCUGAACUAUUACUUAUAUUUACAAAUUUGACUUUGCUUUCUAGGGCUAGACGAUAUGGCCUCAAAUCAAUAUCACGAUAUAUUGAGCAGUUCACCUCGAUAACGAUAAACGGACAAUAACUACUUCACAAGCUGCUCACCUCCUCCCACAUUAAUUUGUCUACUUCAGCUGCCGCUCCAGCCACUACAACUUUAGCCUUCCUGUUGAUUCAGAUUGAUAAGAAGCUUAAACAAGAUAAUUAAUAGCUAUAAAUUCAAAUAAUAAAAACAAUGUUUAAUAAUGAAUCACACAUAACUAUCUCACUCAAAUAUAAGAUAUGGUUUUAUUGUUCCCUGAAAAACAUCUGCAUAAGUGUUACCGACUGAUAUUCAGGGUCCAGGCUUUUAAAUGCCAAUAUCCUUCACAUUAGCGGACAGCCCUACUUAUUAUGAUUCAGGUGUACUCAUUAUGACUGAGAGCAGCCAUUACUCACAACUAGAGCGGCAGGAGGAUGAUUGAUGGAGAGACACAGUGAUGGUUCAGAACAAAGAGGCACAAAGAAAGGGGAAGUCCACCAUUGAGGCAGCGAUUUGAUACCAGCUUUAAAGAUAAUUGUUAUCAGUGCAGUAGUGGCAUUAAACAGCUGUUGUCUCUUGUCCUCUAUUUACUUUAUAAUUGUCUUUUGAUUAAAAACGACCUCAUCCUGCCAACUUUUGACAGUCAAAUGUAUAAUUUAGGCAUUAAAAACUACAAUAUAAAUGUUGACAAUCUUGUAUUAAUGAUCUUGUAUGCUUUUGCAUAUCAAAAAAAGUAAAAAAAAAAAACCUCACGGGAGCUUUUUACGCUGGAGCAUUAGGGCCACAUUAAGAGAGGAAAAAAUUUUAGACCUCUGAAUUACUUAAAAGAAUAAAGUCGUAGUAUAAUAAGUCGUAAAUAAUUACUUGGUUAAACAACUAACAACAGGUUAGAAUAGCUAUUAGCUAUUAGCUAUUAUUCUUGUACAUAAUGAUUUUAUUACAACUUUAUUCUCGUAAGAAAUGAUUUUAUCACGACUUUAUUCUCAUAAGUAAUUACUUUAUUACCACUUUUAGUCUUUAGUAAUUCCAAGGUGUAAAAUUUUUUCUUUUCGUAAUGUGGCCCUAACACUAUUUUUAUUUUCAAAUACGUUGUUUUUUGUUUUUUUUUUAAACCAAAAUUUGGUCCUAAAAUCUAAAAAAUAAGACCCUCAGCGUAAAGAUUGACUAUCUUUAUUAGACUAUUUGUAAUGUCUGAAACUGCUGCCAAGGGGUAGGUAACAGACAAGGUGAUUUACUGCAUACUGCCAAAGCAGCCUUUUUUUAACUUGUUCAAAAGGCAAAGAUUUCCUACAAGCCAAAAGAAAAGAGCGAAUGCUUUGUCCAUAGUGUUCACAAACCUCAGGAGCUUUAAGUUUGUUGCUUUAAAUUAGAGCUGCACUGAUCUAUUUUUCCGAUCCAAUCCAAUACCAAUACCUGGGCUGAGCGUAGCGGCCGAUAUCUGAUACCAAUCCAAUAUGACUGUGGAAUAAAUGAACUGUAUACUUUGCCCUGUGAGUGAAGGCAUCAGGCUUGUCAUUAGCCUUGUUAGAAAAAGGUAACGGACACAGCAAAAAGAAGUAAGACUUUCAUGUCAACAUUUAGUGCAAAAGGAUAAACAGACAUAGAAUAUGGAGCGAACAGAAUCGCUGUGUUGCUGUGUAUGAUAUGAAUUAAAAGAAAUUGAUUGUCGUCAUUCAUCAGAUAUCCAAUCCAGUUAAUUUGUCAAUAUCGGAGCCAAUAUUUGAUCCAUAUAUCAGAUCGGUGCAUCCCUACUUUAAAGUUUAAAAAAAACUCAAAAUAAUAAUAAAUUGUUGCUCCCUCCUGCUGCUAUUAGUCCACCAGGUUCUGACAAAACAGGACCAGCUGUUAUAGAAAAUUAAUGUCACUUUUUUUACAAAUACAAGUGUAUUUUCUGACCUAUUUUACAGAAUUGUAGCUUUUAGUAUAAUCAAUUGGCAUCCAACUGGGUGCCACAGAUAAGACAGGAAGUAGCAAACACGCAGAGACAGAGUAACAUCUGGUCUUCACACUGUAUCAUAAACAAAGAUGAAAUUAAGGAAAAAAACUCGAGUCUUCUCCCUGAACUUGUUACUCUGUUUGUAUGACACGUGUGAUACGUGAUACGACACCACCAGUGAGCAUUGCAUUGGCAAAAACAGGCUUCCAUACUCUCCCCCCUCCUCUGCUCGCCUCUUAGUGAGUCAGGUGCCGUGGCAAGGAAAAUUUAGUCAGCUGUCUCCCUUAUCAGAAAUUUGUGCACGUAUGUGUGUGUGUGUGUGUGUGUGUUGAGCGUGCUUGGUUUGAGUGUAUGUGUGGCUGUUAGUUAUGUUAUCUGUGAUAUAACAGGCCAACCACCUCCUUUUUUCCUCAAGUUAAUGAGGGUUCAUUUGCAUUUUAGCCAGAAGCUUUUCUCCCCUCUUUCCCCCCUCCUUCUCCUUCCCCUCUUUCUCUCUGUCUUGCUCUGUCCCUAUUUUCUCUCCCCCCCGUUCCUUGCUCUCACUUUACUAAACCCUCCUCUGUUCACACUUAAAUUCACUCACUUAUUCUGACAUGCACGCACACAUACACACACUCACACACUCUAUCUCUCUCUUUCCCUCCUUCUCAGCUCAUCAGUAUUCAUGAGGCCUCCCUCUCUUCCUGUUCUCUUGUUUUUUUUUCUUUUUCUUUUUUUUUUGUUUUUUUUUCUGACUCGCCCCGACCGUCUCCCACAGAAACAGGGACAGAAAGCGAAUGGAGGAAUGGAGAAGAGAGAUAUAGAAAGAAGAAGAGGGGGAGGAAGAAGUGAAGAAGAGCGAGAGAUAAAGGCAGGGAGACAUGAAGAGUGUGUUUAGCUGUGGAUGUAAUUGGCCAAUAAAAAACAGGGUCCUUGGAGGUAAACAGUUUAGUGGUCGGGGAUUGGCCCCAGCAGGUAGCAGGGAGAGAAGAUUAUGAAUAUGUAAAUGAGUAUGCAAAAGACAUUAAAGCAGGAUCACCUGAGCUUGUUACAUUAUGACUUCAGGGUCUGAGGUGUCAGCGACUGGUGGCUAACACACUCACGACCGUGCAUUCUGAUUUAACCGGAUAAUGGGGCGGCCAACCAGCUGCAGCUAUUGUUGCUCGCUCUUUGGAGAGGUGUGAUGAUGAAUUAAAGGUGCUAAAUGGUGGGCUAAUUUUGUAGGAAGCAGAGUUUGAGCAUGACGUGGCAGGGACACGAGGGAGCGUAGCCUGCUGUAAUAUGCACUGUUAUAUUCCAAAUCUGAUUCACUAUACAUCAAAUUACUUUUGUUUCUUUCCCUACCCUCUCUCUUUCUCUCUCUCUCUCUCUCUCUGUUCUGUCUUCCCUCUCUCAUUCUCUCUCUCUGUCUUAUCUCCUCCAUCUUCCUCUACAGAUGCAACCAUCCUGUCGUACGACGGCAGUAAGUUUAUGAAGGUGCAGUUGCCUGUGGCGAUGCACACUGAGGCGGAGGACGUCUCGCUACGCUUUCGCUCCCAGCGGGCCUAUGGCGUUCUCAUGGCAACCACAUCUCGUAACUCCGCAGACACCCUUCGUCUAGAGCUGGAUGGGGGCCGUGUCCGACUCACUGUCAACUUAGGUACACACAAGCACGCAAACAUGGAGGUUCCCAAGCGUUGUUUUAAUUACAUGUCAGGGGAAUGCAGCUCAUUAUGGCCUCUUGGCUGUUUCUUGCGUCGGAAUGUCAUUAAAUGUUGAUAAAUAAUAUAUCACCGCUAUAAAGUUAACUCUGAUAACUCUGCUAGAUGUGUUUAUCUAUUAACACUGGAUCCCCUCUUAGUUAUUACUGCAAUAACAACUAUUCCUUCCCAAGUCCCUGCCAGGGGCGUGUCCAGAAGGGUGUCUGGGGGUGGCAUUCCCCCUGCUCGGAUUGGCCACCUCUAGUGUCACCUAUGAAUUUUGAUCGUUCUUCAUCAGAUUUAGGUUAAUGUCAACUAUAACCCUAAUAUUAGCAACCUCAGAGCAAGCAAAGCCUUGAGAAACCCAGACCCUAGGUUCAGAACCGAUCAUUAAGACAUUUUUACUCCUUCAUUCCUUAAAUUUGGACUUUUUAAAGACACAUCUUCUUGGAUUAAAUUACAAAUAUGUUGUUAUUUUGUUGUUUAAGAUAGAAAAAUAUACAAUAUAUAUUUAAACCAGGCGUGACUAAAUUUGGUGGCUAUGAUAAACGGAUAUGUAAAAGGUAAAUUCAUGCGUUUCAUUCAUAUCCGUGCACCAAUGUUGUCAUUUCAGCCUAUUGUGAGAUAUGAAGCCAAAAGACCCAUCUUGAUGGGCGCUGGCAUCAUAUGACAGUGAAGCCAAGGCACGCACAGACACGAUCUGGCUGGUGGAGCUCAAUGACUCUUGUGUUAAUUUGUGUUGUGUUCCCUAACACCAUUUCUUCUGUACUCUGCCAGCCCAGUGCAGAAGGCUGCAGGAGUCUGCGUUUGUCACCAAAGCUGUCGUUUCAAUAACUAAUCGAUAAACUUGUCAGGAAAAAACAACCCCUUGUACAUAAUUCAGCGCUAACUGUUAUAACUUUGAGUAUUUGUAUGAAGUGUAGGUUAAUCUUGUAGUUUGUCCCAUCUCUUAACAGAAUGAGUCAGUGUUGAUGACCUGCACUGCAGCCAGUCAGUUGGAAGAGCUUUAAAUCUUUUUACUUAACAGUAAUCAGCAAGUAAUCAAUCUUUAUUUAAACGGCACCAAUUCACAAAAAGUGUCACCUCAAGAGAAAAAGCAGGCCUAGACCAGACUCUAUUAACAAAGACCCAAUGUGAAGAUAGGAUAAGAUUGAUCUCCAUCUUGUAAGAUCUGACUCACUCCCAUCCCAUCUUCAACCGCGUGAGUGUAGCACAAGUUACAGUGGAAAGGGAAAACUUCCUUUAACAGGCAGAAACCUCAAGCAGAACCAGACUUAUGAUAGACAGCCAUCUGCUGCUACUACUUUGGGUUAGAAGAGGGGAUAGAGGGAGAUGGACAAAGGUGAGUUGAAGCAGCUAGAAAGCAGGCAGGUCCACAUCAGCAGAACGUCUGCAGCAGCGAUCCAGAGAAAACUACGACACGAUGGAGCUUAGGGAUUUCCAGAAAAGACUCAGUAUUAGUGAUUUUAAAGGGACAUGAUGAUUCAAAGUUAAUGUCCAUUUUAUUAUACACAGUAUGGUGUACAUACUUAUGCUACCCCUGCGUUAGUUAGUGCCCAAGCUUUUUCCCUGUCCCUCCUGUCAAGUGAAGAUCUGGGCACGCCCCUGGUUCCUAACAAAUCCAAUCAAACAACAAAAUAAUCCUUUGAGGGCGCAUAAAAGUAAGACAUCAAACGGUUAACGGUUGUAAAUCAAAUAUAAUCCAACUUUACACCCGUAAAGACAUACAGUAAACAGUCAAAUAUGAUGACUUAAAAAUAAUCCUGUGUCUUAGUUAAUGAAACAGAAACAUAUUAGACCAUUUAAAUGUCUCAGAUAUUUGAUUUUACAGACUUUUGAAGGUAUUUGAACAUAUUUGGGUGGACUUAAUGUCAGGUUUAUACUCUCACACAAACACAAAGGACUGUUGAAACUGUCAAUGUUGAACAGAGGGUCAAGCCUAAAGCUGCAUUCUCUGCUCACUCCCAGUGGACCUGUGCAUCCCCAACACUUUCAUCGAUACACAAAAACACACAAAUAGUUCAAUCUAACACAUAACUGCAGAAAAAAACACACAAAGGAAAUGUUAACACACUUUUACACAUUAACACAAGAUCACAUAGAUGAUACAAAAACACAUAUAAGGGGUGCAUGUGUUGGUCUCUGGUUGUCUGCAGCCACGUCUUUUCUGCGGUUGACGCCACACGACACACCAAAGCAUCAUGGGUAAAAAAAAAAAAAAAAAAACGUAUACAUGUUUAUGUAUAAAAAUGCGGCCAAAUCUUCCAACAGCUUGUGGAGAUUUGCGCUCUGGAUGGGCGACAAAUACAUGGGAUGUGUUCGCUGUCAUCAGACAAAACCGACACACAUUACCCAUCUCAGUCUCCUGAUGGUUUUGAUUGGUGGCUGAAAACUGUCGCUCAGUCCAGAGCAGCCAAUAAGCACACACACCGCUCACGCUGUGCAAAACACCACUCUCAUUAACAUGUAACUGUUAAAAAAUCAAACAUACACCAGCUUUCACCCCGGAUCCGGGUCUUUUAUUGGCUCGAAAUCAACGUCACAGAAAUUGCACACUAUUGCAGGAUAAUACACUGUUCAGCCUGGAGGAGAGUGUGUGUUUUCUCAGCAGUGUGUGUUUGUAAAUAGACGUGCGCAGGGUGUGUCGAUGUGUGCGUCCCCAGGGCGUGGAGAGUAUGUGUGUGUUUGCAGCAUUAACCCUCUGCUCUGCUCUCCCUCCAGACUGUAUCAGGAUAAACUGUACAGCCAGUAAGUGAUCCUCCAUCUCACCUAACCCUUCCCCCCUCCUCCUCCUCCUCUUCCUCAGAGCGUGUGUGUGUGUGUGUGCUUAAAUGUGUGUAUCUGACUAUUUUUCACUCUCUCUGUCUUGUCAGCCUGUCUGAUAGUUACCCCUUAUCCAACAUAUCUCCGUAUCAUGUGUCCGUGUGCAUAUAUGUGUGUUUGAGAGAGUGCGCGCGAGAGGUGCAUAUGUGCGGUUGUGUCGGCGUGUUCAGCUUUCGCCACAGGAGUGGUGCGAUUUUUGCUGAGGGCCAGGGUUUUCCAGGUCGGCCAUUUUAGCGGAGAAGGAUAGACAGAAGAGAGGAUGGUGGGGGUUGAAGAGAGGAGGAGGGAAAGAGAAAAAGGGAGAAGAAGGAGGACAAAUCAGAGUUUAAAGCGUUCAGGUAAAAUUAGCUGUAAAGAGUAGUAACUGGUGGAUGAAUGUGAGGAAAGGCUGCAGGGUAAUUACUUCUCCUUCAUGCCUGGACAAAAGACGAGUUAUCCCCUCUGUUCCCCUUCGUCGCACCUUCAUCCGGAUGCCUGUCUGGCUGCUUUCUUUGUUUGCUUGUUGUUUCUCUCUCAACUGUACAUGAGGGAUUUUUCAGGCGGCGUUUCAUUCAGCGUGUAUAUUGUGCACUCUGCAUUCUUUUCAUUGCUCAUCUGUGUGCUCUGUGUGGAUGUGUCGCCUGUGUGAAAAAAAAAGAGUGUGUAUGUGUGUGUGCGCUUCUGUUCAUGCCGCUGUGAGUGGAGCUGAAUCCCUGAUGAAGUUUAAUUCCCUCACGUGGAGUUUCUCUCUGUCACGACCACUGAGGAAACGAGAGAAAAAGAGAGAGAGAGAAGGAGGGAGGGAGAGAGGGAGACGAAUGCUCUGUGACGGCAAAGAGGUGCUGAAAUGGACGACUGCAGUUGCCAUAGAAACCCUACUAGCCACAUAGCUCUGUUGCUAUCCCGCAUGCCUCAUGGCCAAUUUUAGACCAGUUGUUUCAAUGAACAUUUCAGUAGGCAGCCACUUUUCUGGCACACCGUGUGCAUACAAUAAAUUAUACAUCUUAUAUUGGAGAGAGAGAAGAGAAAAAAAAAAAAGUAUUUAACAGCGAGGCGCCACUGAAACAGUCCACUCAGCAGUGGAAUAAAAAGCCUCGGCAGGGGAGAGAUUGAGGCUUAUCCGGCAGAAAAGCCAUUUGUUAUUUGGAGCUAAUGAAAUAUGAAACGCUUUUUGUCAUUUUGUUUUCAUUAUCCUGCUUUUUAUAAUCUGCAGUCGCUUAUGUCAUGUGAUUUGAAUUGUUUUCUCCGUCUCCUUUCUUCUCUGUCUGUCUGUUUGGAUUGUCUCGCCUUGUUGUCUCUCAGUUUAACAGCGCAGACCGCCGACUGUCAGCUGACCCUUUGGAGCUCACCAUGCUGCUGAGCGCACUGUUAGCACUGACCCAAAAUAGGUGCUCAUGUGUGUGUGUCUGUCUGUGUGUGUGUGUGUUCGAGUCUGUCUGGCUGUUUAUUACCGUGGUUUCCUGCCUCUCCCUGUUCCCAGGUUGACACAGAUCACUGCCUCUCACUCGCGUCAAUCUGCUCUUUGACGAUUUGGUUAUAAAUACAAACUCACUCAUGGACUCACACAUACAUGCACAUAUUCUCUCCUUCACUCAGUGUUAGGCAGUGAUCCAUGGUAACAGGAUGAGAUGCUCAUGCCCAGAGCACAGCUGAGUCUCCUCAGGGGAACCCUGUGUCCUCUCUGAACACUAAACACACUCCUUUAGCUCUGAAAACACACACACACACACACACACACACAGAGAAAGAGAAAGAGGUUUUUAAUCCAUUUUGAUUGACUCCUCAUAUUACUUUAAUUAUAUUUGACUCUCAGCAUGCUGGUACGUCUCCCUCUCUUCUACCUUUCUACCUGUGUGUGUCUGCGUGUUUGUGUGCGUGUGGCUGCCUGCGUGCCUCCAUGAGUGAUGUCGGCAUGCUUGACAUUUUCUGCAGCAGAAUCCGUUCGGGUCAGUUUCCCUCUCACCUCCCCCAUCAUUACCUCCUAUAGGUCACUGUUUGCAGACUCACUCAGGCUGCUCAGACCAACAGGGCUCGGAGGAGGAAGAUGGAGUGAGUGUGUGUGUGUGUGUGUAAAAGAGAGAGAGAGAGAGGUGUGGGAUAGUAGGUUGUUGUUUUCCGGGGGUUGGUGGGGUGCUUGUAGCGAGUUGCAGGAAGGGGACACUGAGGUUUUGGGAACAGUCGGCCUGUCAGAUGUGUGCAGUCAACUAUGCGGAGAUGUGAGCGGGUAGAUUGGCAGAGAGAGAGACAUCAUGAGAGGACAGCUCAGCUUCUUUCAUUCUGCUGCACAUCAGCACCUUGGAGAGCUCCUCCGACGUACCGCUGUGUGUCUACUGCCACCAUGAGGCCCGCCGUGGUAUUGCGCUCUUUUGAAAAUUGAAGAAGUGAAGAUCCAGACAUUUAAAUGUGCGCAGGUUGGAGGGUUGUGGGGGCGGUUUAAGGAGUCAAGGGGGUGCGAUGUGCUGUCUGUGCAUGUGUGGGUAGAAGGUGGUCAUCAUGGCAGUGUGAUCUGUCCACAGAUGGAUUGUCUCAGCGUGGGCUUGUUGUGACUCACAGUCUCCAUCUUAGGCGCCCAUGGCAUCCAUUUAUGUUAAUCUUUAUGUCUGUGUGUCUGUCUGUUUCACAUCAUCUGUCUCGCUGGCGGAGAGACCCGUCUGUCUAUCUGUGGUGAGAGCGUGUGUGUUGACACUGAGGUGUUUGGUCCCUCCUCCUUCCCUUUCCCACUACGACCCUCCAUUUCCUCCCUUUCUGUCCUUGAAUUGAAAAUCAACCUGCCUGGCUUCUUCUUCUUCUUCUUCUUCUACUUCUUCUUUCUGUCUCUGGAUCUCCCUCUCUACAUCUGUCUCUCUUUAUAUCUGUCUCUCUCCACCUCUCUGUGCAUUGUGUUAACGGUGCUCUGGGCUAUGUGUAGGUAAAGGCCCAGAGACCAUCUUUGCGGGGUCGGGUCUCAAUGAUAAUGAGUGGCACACGGUGAGGGUUGUCCGGCGUGGCAAGGGCCUUAAACUCACAGUGGACGACCUGCAGCCUGUUGAAGGUAACCACAGCAGCAUUACCCGUGCUUCUACACCAUUUUUAACCUUGAAACACUCAACUCAGAUCCUUGAAUUGUGUGUUUGUGAAGUCUGUUUUUGUUCACAGUGCGUCAUAAGAUGACGCAUGACUGCUGGUUAAGUUAUUUUUAAUUUGAUGCUAUAAAACCAACUUUAAGGGGAUUGUUUCUUUUUUAAACUAGCUCAAGUGUCAGUUUGAUUUUCUCUGUCGUGUUUUAAUUUGCAAUAGGAUUAAUAUUUGUUCUAGUAUCAAAAAAGUCCCACUUAAACUCCACUUUCCGUAGCUCUCAUCUCUGAAGUUUACCCCACACCACCAGGUCAGAUGGCGGGCGACCACACCCAGCUGGAGUUCCACAAUGUAGAGACGGGCAUCGUGACGGAGAAACGCUUUAUGCCAGCCGUGCCCUCCAAUUUCAUCGGCCACCUUCAAGGCCUGACGCUGAACGGCAUGCCUUACAUCGACCUGUGCAAGAACGGCGACAUCGACUACUGCGAGCUUAACGCCGUCAUCGGCUAUAAGAGCAUCGUGGCCGACCCCGUCACCUUCCGGUCACGCUCCAGCUUUGUCACGUUGCCCACCCUUCAGGCGUACUACUCCAUGCAUCUCUUCAUGCAGUUCAAGACGACAUCACCGGACGGCUUGAUUCUCUUCAACAGGGGAGACGGCAAUGACUUCAUAGUGGUAGAGCUGGUGAAAGGGUGAGCCUUUACAAAACGCGGAAAUAUGUUAAAACGCUGUUAAGAUGUUUGUUUACAGUGACCUAUGUCUUGUAGGACACCAGGCCUUUUCACCACUGCCAGUAGUACUGAGGAUAUUUUGUUAAAUUCGUCCUUGAGAACAAAAAAGAAAAAUUCUUGACUGUGAGGCGAAAAUCUCCAACAUGAAUAAAAAACAACUCAAGUGGCUCUUUUCUAUUCUUAUAAUUACAUUUCUGCAGACAGAGCGUAAUGGCUUAAAGUGUGUGACCCUGUGUUUUUCUUCAUCAUGAAUUUUGCACUUCUCUUCUUUCCUUGUUGUGUUUUUCAGCUACCUUCACUACAUCUCCGACCUGGGCAAUGGAGCACAUCUCAUCAAGGGGAACUCGAACAGCCCCCUAAAUGACAAUCACUGGCAUAAUGUACACAUAUCCAGAGACACUAACAAUCUUCAUACAGUCAAGAUUGACACCAAAGUCACCACGCAGACCACCAUGGGGGCCAAGAACCUCGACCUAAAGGGUAUGCAUUAGAAAUCAGUAAAACCUAUACACAAAAGACGAUUGACAGUGUGUUUUAUUAGGGCUGGGCGAUAAACCGAAAAUUUACAGAUCACGAAAUUUACGAUAUUUAACAAUAACCAAUGUCAUUUUGCCUGUAUCAGUAUCCGGUGUCAAAAAAAUAAAUAAAAGUUGGUUUUGGAUGUGUGUAGGUAGGCUAUGGUCUCAUGUCCCUUUAAGACGCUGUCCUACGUCCGAGAUGUGACUCCAUAACAAAGAGGGAAAGACAGGUAAGGAGAUGGAGGACGGUAGUUCGAGCGGCUGGAGCAGCAGCUGAAGUAGACAACGUUAUUGUCCAUUGAGUAGUUAUCUUCCAUUUAUCAUUAUGGUGAACUGCUCAAUAUAUCGUGAUAUUGAUUUGAGGCCAUAUCGCCCAGCCCUAUGUUUUAAACUGCUCUGUAUGAGGCUAAUUCUGCAGAAGUUUGUACAUAUACCACUGAUCAGUUCCUGAAAUAAUAGAUUCAACAUAAUGGUUAGCCUUUAUACAACUUAUAUAAGCCUCUUAAAUGAGACACAAGGAUACCUGAUGCUCCCUCAUGAACAUCUUUUACCAUGGUUGUUAAAAUCCAACAAAAAUAAAUUGUAAAUAUUUCUAUUUCGUUUAUGGGACCAUAUUCACAGCAAUAUUUACCAGCUGGAGAACUUCAUAGGAGCCACUCGUGGGACUCUGUGAUCUUUAGGGCAAAUUAUUCUGGUUGUCUCUCCCUGUGUACAGCAAGUAACAACUUCCAGUGUUAGAAUAUGAAGCCAGAGGUGCACAAAACUGCAGUCUCUCAAUUAUCAUUUUUGGCUGCAGAAGCCGAGGAAUCCCCAUUGGUUCCCAUGUUCAAAUCCCCUUUUUUUACAGCAUGAAUAAGCAUGCUGGCAGAAAACCAGUUUUGAUCUCUGCAGCACAUUUCUCUGUCCAGGGUGUACAGGCUGUACUGGGGUGAAUUUUUAUAACACAUUUUAUUAUGUUAAUUUUAUCAGGGGAAUAUAUUUAGGAAUAGUUAGGAAUAAAUUUAACUGGGGUGUGACUGAGUUGACAGACACAAGAGUACAUAGUCGUUCUCUCUGGAUGGCAAGACUACGGCCCAGAGAGAUUUCAGUAUUAGUUCAAAGUGAGGCUGAAUCAGGCGCCACUAUGAUUGGGAUUCAUAACACUGCUCCAGACACUACAGGGGAGUGUCACUAAGAAUACAUCCAUGAUUUAAACAGUCAAUGUUUAAUAGUUAAAAGGUGGUCCUUCUGAUUUCACCGUGCUUACAUGACAAGUGAUAAACUGAAUGCUCAGAUUUAUAGUCUAGUUAAAACAUUUACCUGCUGAUUUUAGGGGUGUCCUGAUAAAACUUCUUUACUUCUGAUACAAUACUGAUAUUUUAGGCUUCAGUAUUGGCCGAUACCCAUAUUGAUCUGAUAUUAGCACAGACUCGUGCUUGACAAGUUUUGCACUCAGUUGCAAUGUCUUUUUUGGACUUUAAGGACUUUCAGGACGUUGCAACUUUGUUCGUACCUUGGUACCUAGAUCUAGGCGCUGCUACAUAGAGGUCCCGGAGCAGAGUCUGGAAUGGACUGUUUGUAUCGAAGUGCUUUAGACGCAGGUCCAUAUAAUCCAAUUUGUUUGUUUUUUUUUGCUGAUGUCGGACUAAUAGCUGAUAUCAAAAUCGUGUCUGGACAUCCCUAGCUGAUUUGUUAUAUUACACAUUAAAUUGAUUAUUUCCAUUAGACAAGGUGAACAGGAACAUUGAUGUUGGCACUUCUGUCCUCAUUCAGUUUUCUUUCUUCUCUGGGGUUUACAGUUAACACAUCAAGAUUUCACUGUAUCUUUAAAGUACAAAAUACCCUCUAGAAUUACCAAAAGGGUUUAACAAGGAGAUGGUAAAGGGCAGUGACUGUCGUUAGACAACAGAUGUACUUGAAGCCGCUUUGACUAAAUCUUUCAAGAGAUCACUGAAGUAUAUUUUGAAUGAUCUGUCUUUCUUGACUGAAAUUGUCAAUGAUUCAUAACCGCACUAAAUUUUAAAAAAUGUAAAUGAUCAGCUGCAGCCCACAGUUCCACACUGCAGUCGGUUCACGAAGCUGCCAUUCAUUCUUUCGCUCCUCAUCAGGUGAUCUCUACAUCGGGGGAGUCUCCAAAGAGAUGUAUCGUGACCUGCCCAAGCUGGUCCACUCCCGGGAGGGCUUUCAGGGUUGCCUAGCAACAGUGGAUCUAAAUGGCCGCCUUCCUGACCUUUUGGCUGAUGCCUUGGCAACCAUGGGACAAGUAGAGAGAGGCUGUGAAGGUGAGGUGCAAACACUCAGAAAACACAGCUGUAGCUCUCUGUCCCGGUCCCGUGUCCCCGCUGCUGCCUUUUCUUUCGGUUUUCAUUGAACUCAUUCUCUCAGUUAUCAGAUAACCCACUAACACAGCUUUUUGCUCUAUUAGAUGUAAAUUUUACUUCUUUAUUUCUCAUCUCCUUCUCGAUCUAUCUGCACAUUUUCUCUCUCUUCCACUCUUUCAGCAGUUCACAGGCAUCUGUGUGCAUCGACUAACCAUCUAACUUAAUUUGCUUGUUUGCUUUUUUGUUUGGCUGACAAAAGUUACAUUGAUGAAAGCUGACUUGCAAGGUAUAUCGCUUUGUGUGAGCAUGUGAGACUCAUGUACAAGCGUGGGGAAAAAUGUGUGUGAGUUUACGAGCGUGUGCGUGUCAGUGUGUAUGUGUGUGCGUGUGUAUGCGAGUACUAAAACUACCCAGUGGUGUCCAGUGUUGUGUGGUGGAUCCCAGUGAUCCGGAGUCAAAGGUCAGAGGUGACCUGUCCUCUCCCAGCCACCGUAGUGACAUCAUCACAUUAGUGACAUCACCAUGGCUUGACUUGAGUUAACCACCGCUCCACCACCUGCCAGCAGCAUGCUCUCUAACCCCAACGACCGACUCCCAACCUCAACUCCAAUACUCCAUGUGUGAAUCAUGUCACAGCCUCUCCUCCACGCCUCGAGUGAGGAGUGCAACGAAGGAGAAACGAGUUUGACAUUCUCCUCCUGUGUGCUUUCAGCGCGAGGCCGGGAGUGAAUAGUGACAGACUGCUGGAGAGGGAGUAUUGAGAUGAAGGCCUUUAAACAUAACUCUGCCUUCUUAUGUUUAACACCUCCUCGUGUCCUUGUCCCGCUCAUCUAGCUUCACCACCUGCAUGCUCUCCUCACUUGGCUCUUCUCACCCAGUGACAUAGAUUCCAGUUUAGCUCCCAGUUUGGUUCAUACGGAUAAUGUAGCAUCUGCUACCAGUGUAAAGUCAGGUCCAGACAGGAGGCAGGGGCGCCCUGAAGGAUUGCCGCCUUCCUUUGGUGCCCAUAACCGGGUGGCUCAGACAGGGAGCGUGACGCCUCGGAGCUCUGCAGCCAGCUGCAGCGACGGUUUGACCGUCUGUUCUAGGUUUUACUCGCCGUGAGCAAAUCUGGCAGGGAAACACACUCGUAAUCUGCUUAUUGAUAAAUAUAUAUGAUGUAAACGAUAGGAGUCUGAUAAAUGAUGAAAUACACAUCUUUUGGUUUUUCUGUAGUUACAUUUAUCUUACUGGAUUUCCUCCUUUGAAAAUGCCUAUCCACUUUAUCUACAAGAGAUGUAUCCCUGCUGUUUGAGAGUGGGAUUUUUUCAGCAAAAAUAACACUGAUCUUCAAUUCAACAAAGAGAAAAGGUUAAGUAGUCACAGAUAGAGCGAAAGAUAAAUAUGUGCUCUUCCUGUGUUUAGAGAAGAGGAACAGACGCUUAUGAACAUCGCAGAAAAAUCUCCUUCUAGUGAGAACAGACAGUUUACAAAUAGCAGCACUUCCGCCUCCUGUCUGAACCUGGCAUAAAUCUGAAACGUUGGAGCCUGUAUUCAUUAAAUCCUGGUUACCACAGUGAUUCUCUACUAAUACUACUAAUCCCAACACCACUGAAGCACAACAGUGUACAAAAAAAGCAAAAGGUUUCAAGGAAAUGAGGUCUAAAAGUAAAUACUCUACGCUGACAUACUGGGCUCCAGGGAAAAAAAACAGAAGUCUGUUACUCUUCUCCUAACCGUUGCACCCUUCCACUCGCCUCGUCUGUCACUGCAGGUCCCAGCACUACGUGUCAGGAGGACUCAUGCUCAAAUCAGGGGGUGUGUUUGCAGCAGUGGGAGGGCUUCACCUGCGACUGCAGUAUGACCUCGUAUGCUGGGCCGCUAUGUAACGACGGUGAGUGUUUUCUUCUCCUCUCUCAGAUCGAUGAUUAAACAUGUCUGUGUCCUCAAAGUUUAGUGAGUCUAAAAGUCUUUCCUCUGUGUUGAAUCAUUUUAAACAGUUAAAGCAUUUUUGUCUGCAGUUUAUCUAAGAGACCACAUGGGGGCACUGUCAUCUGUUGAUUCUGAUUCAGAACAAAUGAUACCACCUGCUCUGUGUCUACUUUGGUUACUGUAAUCUCUGUUCUCUCUGUAACAUUUAAUAAAGUCCUGUAAACAUUUUCAAGCUUUUGACACUGAAUUAUCCGCGACUGCCUUCAAGCAAAGAUACUUGCUGAUUAUUCAGUCAUCUCACAGUGAGUCAAACUAUUAUAAGCUGUUAUUUGUAUGAGUCAGUCACUGCAGUCGGCCUCCUGCAGCAAUGUUGAGACUAAGUACUUUGGGGAAUACUGUUUUUUUUCUUGUAGUGUGUAGGAGGAACAAGCACGAUGUGGAAGGCUGGUCAACUGUGACAUUUAAGUUGUUUUCCAGUUUAUCAAAAUGCCUUUUUGAUGUAAAACGUUGAACAAAACAGAACAGACCCAGGUGUCAUUCGGAGAGGGGAAUUGUUGAUGAUAGAUAGCGCUGUUUAUGACGUACAGAUGUGCCUGUAAUUAAUUUCUUUAUCUGUCUGGAACAGCUGGCACCACAUACAUCUUUGGCCGUGAUGGAGGAGUGGUGGUUUACACAUGGCCCCCUAAUGAGCGCCCCAGUACCAGAGCAGACAGGCUCGCCCUUGGGUUUAGCACCCAGCAGAAACACGCCAUCCUGCUGCGGGUGGAUAGCGCAGCAGGUCUGGGAGAUUAUCUUCAGCUACAGAUAGUAAGUAAACGAUCUUACCACUGAAUCACACCUCUAAAGGAGAUGCUUCUCUUUGUUUCUGAUUUGACAUGUUGAAAUAGAUGUGAGUAGGGCUGGGCGAUAUGGCCUCAAAUCAAUAUCACGAUAUAUUAAGCAGUUCGAUUGCGAUAAAUGGGUGAUAACUACUCCACAAGCUGCUCACCCCCUCCCACAUUAACUUCGUCUACUUCAGCCGCCGCUCCAGCCACUACAACUUUUGAACUGUCCUCCAUCUCCUCCUCCACCUGUUUUUCCCUCUUUGUUACGGACGGGAUGGGGUGGAGUCACGUCUCUGACGUAGGACAGCGUCUUAAAGGGACAUGAGUCCAUAGCCUACCUACACACAUCCAAAACCAACUUUUAUUUUAUUUUUUUACACCAAAUAUACUGACUUGGGCAAAAUGACUGCUGUUAUUGUUGUACAUUUCGGUAUUGGUAAAUUUUCGGUUAAUCGCCCAGCCCUACUUGGUGCUAUUAGCAACUGCAAUCCUAGACGUGUGUUGUUCAUGUCUAAAUAAUGCCCAGUCAUGCCGUCGCUUUUAGAUAUUUGUAAUAGAGAAGGCUGCAUAUUUAAUUUGCAUUAAGCAUAAACCAGAAAUCAUAAUGAAAGUAAAAGUGAGACAUUUUUUAUCUUUAAGUUUCGCUGUAAAUAACUCCUUUAAAACGACAUCAUGUCAUGUAUUUUACUCAGCAUCAGCGUACAUACAUCCAUCACCAGAUUAAAUAACUCAUCACAGCCCCUGGAUUUGUCUCUUUGUCAUCUGAAUGUAAUCUCAAUACUUUAUGGGGGAUCCAAUUUAUUUUUCUUUUCAUUGUUUUGUAAUUAAACACAACCCAGGAAAUCUGUGCUCUGUUUAGUUGUGUACUAAAAACUUAAUGUGAUUAAGUAUCUUAGCUUCAUCAAACAUUCUCCGCACAGAUCUAUCAUCUUCUCAAGCAGACAGAUGCACUGCAGUGCAAAAACAGAACCUUUCAGUCCAAUCAGAGUUUUUUCAAAAGAGGGGUCAAAAUAAUCCAGGUCAUAUGUUCAACUUAACAAUUUCUAUCCAGUCAAAUCUGUAAACUAUUUAAAGAACUAUGAAACUACAUCUAUGCUGAACUGUCAGAGGUUCAAGUGUGAUGCAUGCAGCAGUGAGGAGUGAUCUUGUAUACACUCCAAGUUAUCCCUCCCCUCUUUACUUAAGUCUUUGACACCAACCAAUGUGACAUUGACGUCACUUCAGGCAAUAUCAUCAGGAGCAGCACAGCUCCAUCUGAGGCCUCACCAGGCUUUACAUAAUAUCUCUUGUUUAUGUUGCACUUCUCCUCAAGACGUUUAAAGCAGGUCAAGUUAUUUUUUUAGCACAAGUCAUACACACUGAGUGCGCAAAGCAGCGAACAAAUGAGAGACACAGAAACGGUCAAAAGCAGACGUGAUAAUAAUAGAGUAUAAGAAAAGACGACAGUAGAAAGUAGAGAGCAUUUUGGGGUUAUUAUUUUUACCUUUUUUUCAUGUCUUCAGGGAAACAUCAGAGACGAGUUGGGCUUUUAGUCUAGAUUUAAAUCUGGCAACAACCUUGAUGAUACAGUCAGGAAGCUGGUUCCAGUUAGAAGCUGCUUCAGCAUCUUUUACUCUCAUAGUAUUAAUGACAGAGUGUCCUCUGAUCUGAGAGGUUUUGGCAGGUGUUAGCUACACAAACAUAUCUGAGAGGAUUUUCAGUCCAGAGUGACCCAUAUACUCAAGCUGCAGAGCUCCAGAGCUCAACUCUGUGACUUGACAAAAAUCUGUGUUAUGUCUUCAAAACUCCGUCAAUCAAUCUGGUCACCGGGGCACGGGGGAGAGUUGUGUUCAGGGUCAAAGUAGUCAAGCUUCUUAGAAAGAUGAGACAGGUUUUUGGCUUCAUCUUUGGUGUUCAGGGACUUCUGUGCCCUAACCCCUCUGUAGUUCCUGAUGAAAGAAAUUACUCCAACCAAAAGCUGAUCUCAGAAUUUAUGUUUUGUUUUAUUUCAUGUUUGUAUUUUUGCAUUAAGAGGGUUUGCUUUUUUUCGUUUUUGUUGUAAUUCAUUCCCUUGUCCAGGCCAGGGAUCAAAUAAACCUUCAUUAUGAGGUCAUUAGCAAACACUGUUAGACUCAUUCAGAUUUUUAUUGCACUGGCUUCAGGCGAGCAUAAAAGAAGUGUUCUAAUUUAAGAGAUUUUUUAUUCUAUUCAGCUUCACCAUCACAAACUCAGUAAAGAGCAUUUUUAGCCGAUUAAAGUAGUUCACUUGAAGGCAUGACUACUGUAACAUUCCUUUAAAAUUUUAAAUGUAAAACAGUAACAUGGAUAUAUUAAUAGUGAGUGAUUAAAAAAUAAGGGCUAUCAUCCAAUACUUGUGCAGAAUAGCUUUGUGUUUUUGAGUGUUCCUGAGAGCAAAAACUUAACAUGAGGCUAAACAUGGGAGUUUUAUCGUUAAAUGAAAAAGUAAAACUAUUUUGAUAGUUAAAGGUUUUCUUUUUUCUGAUUAAAACUUUGAAUUUGUAUGUUGUCUCUGUCUUCAUCAUGUCUGAUCUCUCUAACAACUAAUAAAGAAGCCGUGAACCUCGAUCACUGAACAUUAAUUUCAAGGAUUUUAAAUUUAAUUUUCCCAAAAGGAUCAAUAAAGUUUUCUCUAAUCUCAUCUUUCUAAAACAUCUGCUUCUUGACUCGGUAAAUGCCAGUUUAUUUAAGCCGAUAUCUGGCAACAGAGCAAUACUAAUACUUAGUUAAACUAUGCAUAUAUAUCCACCACCUGCUUAGAAAAGGAAAAAACAAACUCUUUGUCCUCACCAACCCAAGUUAGAGGCAUAAACUAAUGACACUGAUCCUGUCAAACUAAGACCAAACUGAAAACAGAACCUAAAUGACUAAAUGUGAAGUGGUUUUAUCAUAAAUCAAGCUCCAACAGCCUCUCUUCUCCUCCUCAGGACAAAGGCAACAUUAGAGUAGUGUUUAAUGUUGGCACUGACGACAUUAACAUCGAGGAGAGCUCCAAGUUCGUCAACGACGGGAAGUACCACAUAGUACGGUUCACCCGCAGCGGAGGCAACGCCACCCUCCAACUGGACGAUCUGCCCGUCAUCGAGCGCUACCCCUCAGGUAGGCCCUGCCCCGCCCAUAUAAGCUCAACCCCACCCACCCACCCACCAGACCACAGCACUGUCUGUCCUGGGACAGAGCUAACCACACCUUAGUCCAAAUCAACCCACCUCCUGAUUGAUGAUCCACAUCAGUGUACCUAUCAAUGUCUAUUUUAAACACUGAGAAUGAGAAAUUUAACUGCAGCUUUGUUUCAUGUUAUUGUGUUUGAAAUGAAAUAUGUGUGAUCUGAUAUGAAACUUGAGUUUUUAAACCAUAAAAUGAGAGAGUCAUUCUUUACAAUAGGUUGUAUACUAGCCAGUCAUGUCAUGUUAGGCCUGUUAAAUAGUGUUAAAGGUAAUUUAUGAAAACGUUUAAUUCAGGUGUCAGUUGUUUUUCUCACUCAUAAAAGAAAAUAAUAACAGUUGGUGCAUUUUUGGACAAACAAUAAUUAAAAAUGUCUUAUUUUGAGUUAAAUGUUUAACUAGAGAGAAAAAAUAAGAAAAAGAAAAAAGUGUUUUUGUCUUUUGAUUUUGUUUGAUUUGUUUUUUUUACAUUUAAAGUGGUAAUCUUAGCUAGUCGUCUUUAACAUAAUGAGGUCCAGAUAGUUAAAAUGCUAAAUGCUAGUUGUUGUGAGGUGUGUGUGAGGGUUCUUCCUGUAUGUUAACUCUAAACUCAGUCAGUCAUUUAGGCAGUAUGUGGCAGCUGUAACAUUAUUUCCCUGUGCUCUUGCAGAUGUUAACCCCUGAAAUGUCUCUUUAAAUUAAACCCAAUGAACAGAGAGUAAGAGUCCGCUCACUGGAAACAUCCUGAAUUCAGCUUCUCUUCUCUUCAAGCUUUACCGCAGUAACGCAGUGGCAUGCUAACAAUGAGCAGACCAUUACUUUCUUUUCAUUGCUGUUCUUUUUGUAUCCAGCUCCUGUACCACGUUUGGAUGUGCGUAAUUACUACUGUGUUUUCAUCUCUAAAUUAAAGGCAACAUUGAUAACGAGCGCCUGGCCAUCGCCAGACAGCGAAUCCCCUAUCGGCUCGGUCGAGUAGUUGACGAUUGGCUACUCGACAAAGGUAAAAACCCUGAUUAAAAUUCCUUAAAACUUUCAGCUUAAAAAAUUACAACUUGAAGGCAGUUGAAUAUACUUUAUUGUGCACCAUCAACUAACAUCUAAAAUCUAAAUCCAUAACUAAGUAUUUAAAAGUUGGGCAGCUGUAGUGUGUAAUACUGUGUAAACUGUAGUGCCUGUGAACGUAUCUUGUUAGUGUGUAUCUGAUAAUAUCAGGUUAAAGGGACGAUGGAGAGAUUUAAAUGUGAAUAAAUCAGAAAAUAGAAAAGAAGUACUGAUAAAAGAUGCUUUAUUAAAGCUGGUAAAUAAUUCUGUUUAUUAUCAAAUUGUAAACAAUAAAGCAUUUACUAAAGAUUAUAUUGUUGUUAUCAAAUUAAAGUAUUGUGACAUGUAAGAAGUAUGUAAAUUUGAAAUGACUAAUAGAGCAAUGCUUUGUGUAAAAAUGUAAAAGUUUUCCUCCUAAACUUCAGCAGAGCUCCUUAAAUUAGCCUCUAGUCCCUUUAACAGUGAGCAGUGCUAGAGCUUAUAACCUGUGCAUGCUUCAUAGGGCUGUUACCACAGUUCUCUAGAUCUCUGUCUCUCUGUCUGCCUGUCUGUCGCUCCUUCAAAUACAAUGUCGUGCUGCACAGCCAUCACCAUAGCAACCAUCUGUCAGCCCCGUCUUCUUCGGGGCCCUUCUGACUCCUCUCAUCUGCUGCCGCUUCCUCCUCCUUCUGUUCUUUGCCUCUUCAUCCUCCUCCUCAAUUUCUCAGCCUCUUCACCCCACUUCUCCCCUCUUCCUCCUCCUCCUCCUCUUCUUCUACUUCUCCUUUUUUUUUUCAUCUCUCUCUCUCAGUCUCAGCCCUCUCCACGGUUCUCCACGGCUUCGAUUUGCUCUACCAUGCUUAUUCUGUCCCAUCCUCUCACCAUGGCUUGGGGGUGGUGGAUUGUGUAACACUCAAACACUCUUGUGUGUGUGUGUGUGUGUAUGUAUGCACGUAUGUGACCACUGGGACGUAUGUGCGUGUGGCUGGAUUUGCGUGUGUCCGUCCGUCUUCUUUUCUUGUGUAUAUCUGUGGCGUGCGUUUGUGCGUUUGUUUGUGUGCGUGUGUGUCAAUGCAGGUCGCCAGCUGACCAUCUUCAACAGCCAGACGACGGUGAAAGUCGGCGGAGGAGAGCGAAACACCGGAAUGUUCCAGGGUCAGAUGUCCGGUCUGUAUUACAACGGCCUCCGAAUCCUCAAUCUGGCCGCUGAGGGGCACCCGCACAUAAGAGUGGAGGGCAGUGCACGGCUAGUCGGGGACAUGCCUUCCUCCUCUAUCACCCCCCAGUCUAGUGCUGCAGCUGGAGGCAACCGCUCUGACUCCGCCCCUUCCAUAAGUGACAUCACAACCACCACAGCAACCAACAGGAAACCAACACAGCAGGUCAGAGCACAACUGUAUACUCAAGUGUCUUAAUUCCUGCUGUGAGCAGUGGGCAACAUAACAGCUCCGACAAAGAAAAACAUACGCCAAUUAUGUCCAAAAUGUGUACGUUUUUUAAGUUUAGUUUAGUUUUACGCAAGAGUCAAAACACUUCCUGUAACUGUGUUUGUUUUAAACUGGCACAACACAUCUUUAUGGUAGGAGUUGGUGCUUGACCUCAACCCUUAAAGGGAUAUUCCGACAUAAAAUUAAUUUAGGGUCAAACGCACCAUAACACAGAGUUAGACACCCCGUCGAGAGAUGAAUGUUGCCAACGGCUUGCUUCUCUAAUUAUACCAACUUUAGUAACGACCGAACGAUAGCAAUACACAGCGGUCUGAGGAGCCAUACACAAAGCUCAACCAAAACGCCACUCUAUAGCCACAAAUAAUGCUCAGAACAGCACCUAACUUCAUCAACAGUACAUAUAGGGUCCUAACCAUAGCACUAGCCACCAAACAUCUUUUCAACUUUGCCUAAUUUCUUAAGCAAAGAAACUAAACACAACUCACCUACUCUCUUCCAGCAGCCGCUUGUUUGUAGCGAGACCUCAGGCCAGUCCAUUAUGAACUACAGCGGGGUGACACGGCUCAAGGAAGAACAUUUAUGAUCAUUACUUUAUCAUUUCCUUGAAGUAAUAAUCACCAUAUUAAUCAUUUUGCACUGCAGACGUGGUAGUUCUUCUGCCUUAGCAUCUCGGUCUGAUUGCAUUUCCAUGAGGAAAUGAUCAUAAAUUUUCUUCCUUGAGCUGCGACACCCCGCUGUAGUCAAUGGACUCGCCCGGAGGUCUCCGUACAAACAAGCGGCUGCUGGAAAAGAGUAGGUGAGUUGUGUUUAGUCUCUUUGCUAAAGAAAUUAGGAAAAGCUAAAAAUAUGUUUGGUGGCUAGUGCUAUAGUUGGGACCCUAUAUGUACUGUUGAUGAAGUUAGGUGCUGUUCUGAGCAUUAUUUGUGGCUAUAGAGUGGCGUUUUGGUUUUGCGCGUGGCUUCUGGGACUUCUGUGUAUUGCUAUCGUGCGGUCGUUACUCAAGUUGGUAUAACUAGAGUAGCAAGCGGUCUGCAACAUUAAUCUCUCGAUGGGGUGUCUAACUCGGUGUUACACCAGAAUAUCCCUUUAAGAUGCCAGCUCCCAUCAUCAGGGUGUUUCGGCUUCACUUUUGUACAGCAGGAGGGUGCUCUGGUUAAGAAUGUAAGCGGUGGUCCAGUAUCAAAGAUUUACUUGUGCAUGUACAAGUCCUGUGACAUUGCUAUUCUUUGUGUCAAAACGAGUGAUUAAAAAGUGUUAAUUUGCUUUGAUAAGUUUCUUUUCAAACUCAGUAAGAGGAUUACUGAGCGCUGAGCCUGCUAAUCAAGGGCUCGGGGGUUUGCGGGGGUAAAUGUCAGGAAGAGCCGGACUCUUUUCAACAUUUAUACACAGAAAACAAAAACAAAAGGCCUCGUCUGCACAUUUAAUCGAGCUAUUAUGCAUUGAUUUGAGGCAGAGUUGAACCUUUUUUAUGUGGAUUAUCCUUGACACUGACAGUCAUGCACAGUACAAGUACAAAAUGUACCAUCUGCUGAGAGUUAUUCAAACCUGCACUGCAGUUUUUAUUGGUGAUUUCAAGCUCAUCGUGAUCAUGAUGACACCUCUGGUGGUCCAAAACAGUAUUCAUAUCUUUACAUGUGGUGUGUUGAAAUUACUGAGGCAUGACUAUCGUUGAAUUUGAAUCAGAGGCACACUUUUCCCACGGGUGUGGAGACUGUCUGGGCUGUUACAGGGAGCGAGUGAUUUUUUUUUCUUUAUUUUAUCCGCAGAAGCUGCUCUUGCUCCAGAAAAGAAGCUCUAUUAUAAAUGGUGAACAGUCACGAUUUGAUCUUACAGUACAGUAAAAAAGCUCUUUGUAUACCCCAUAUGUGGACUAGUUUGAGAUCUGUGAGAAGGAGAGUGCUCAGCGCAGCCGUGUGCAGCAGAGAGUGGAAGUGCAGGUUAUGAAAAUACAGACAUUUCUCAUCAUGAAAGUGCAGGUUCACCCAAACAAGAGCAAGCUGUGCAGAUCUGCUGAGCUCUAAAAGAUGUGUUUGCACCUGAAUAUCAUUAGUACAACAUGCUCUGUCGAUUUGGACUUGAGAUGAAGCAGACAGCAGGGGCAAACGAUGCUCAAUUCUUGGUGCUAGGGCUGGGCGAUAUGGCCUCAAAUCAAUAUCACGAUAUAUUGAGCAGUUCACCUCAACAAAGAUGAAUGAGCGAUAACUACUUCACAAGCUGCUCACCCCCUCACAGAUUAACUUCGUCUACUUCAGCCACCACUCCAGCCGCUACAACUUUUGAACCUUCCUCCAUUUCCUCGUUUGUCUUUCCCUCUUUGUUACGGACUGGAAGGGGUGGAGUCACGUUACCGAUGUAGGACAGCGUCUUAAAGGGACACGAGACCAUAGCCUACCUACACACAUCCAAAACCAACUCUCAUUUAUCUUUUUUGACACCGAAUAUACCGAUAUGGGCGAAAUGGCACCGGUUAUUGUCGUAAAUUUCAGUAUCUGUAAAUUUUCAGUUUAUCACCCAGCCCUAUCUGCUUCCCACUUGAUUGUUUUACACAUACAUAAUGCAUAUCUUUUGCACAUAAAACAUUAAAGAACAAGUAAAAGCAUAGAAGUAGUGGGAAAAAUAAAUCAUCCACAAUAGAAGUUUGUUCAGGAUCAAAACUCGGCUGGAUAACAUUAAGGGCUCAGGAUUCAGUCAAAGGCAGAACAGGACAUCAAGGUACUUUUUCAGAUGCUUGAACCUUUGUGAAAUAGUGCGCAGAGGAAAACAGACAGAGGGAAGAGAGGGGCGUCGACGUGCAUCAAAGCUGUCUGCCAGACUUGAACCUGGGCGUUAAGAUCAUAUGGUCAGUGUUGAGGAUUCUGCAGCCACCAGGAACCCUGAACAUCAAAGUUUCAGACCUAUACUUGAAAGUUUGACCGAGGCUUUUAUCAUCUGUGGGUUUGGUGAAACUCUCUGGAAAAGAAUAAAUCAAAAAACUUUAAUCAUCGAUCCUGUUUUUAACUGAAUGGAGAGGCUGUCUUCAUUCUUGGCGGAUUGGAAAACGCGAUGAGCCUUGUGCUUUUGAGGUUAGAAAUGUGCCUCAUUUAAAAGAUACUUUAAAAAAGGCUUUAUUUUUACAAGAAUUUCAUAUUUGGUUCACACAGUCCCUCAUGUAGAGCAAAUCUUUGAAAAAUCCAAAUGAAACGAUUCUGUUUUCAUGAUUUUUCUUAUCUCCUGGAGAGAAAAACCGACUUUAGAGGAGCAGAUCAGAGCUUUAAUGACUGACACGGAUACACAAAUGAUAAAAAGAAGGUUUGUUCUGCUUUGUGUCGAAUGUUCGGAUGCCUUAAAAAUGUUUGAAUGUUAUUUCUGGCGAGCUGGACAAAUCCUGAGUAAUAUGAUGCAAGAAUGUUGAAUGGAAUCUCUCGAGGAAACAUGCUGCUGCAGACAUAAAUGUGGUCUUUCUCUGAUGCUUUGGUCGAGUGACUCAUUCUUCAUGUAUUUCAUCGAUAGAUUUCAUCACACACGUUUGACUUUUCUGCUUCAGCGUCCCUGUGAACGGAUUAGAUGGCUAAGUGAUCCCCGGCCACUAAAUGUUUGUGUUAAUGGAGGCUGUAAUAGCUUUUCCGUCAUAUUCGUCUCGUAAACUGUUGCAAAAAAACAGAAACAGCUAAGUGUUACUGAGACGUAUUAUUUAUAACCGAUAUCAGAGGAAACAUUAGGAGACGCUUCACCACAGACUCUUUAGCUCCAUUGUUCAGAUCACUCGUGAGAUCUGUUCAGGCUCUUAGUGGGCGUCUGUGUGUGCUGCAGCUCUUCUUCUGUGUUAUAAAACUCUGCCUGCCGCACUGAAAAAGAUUUUUUUUUUUCCUCUCCCAAUGAUACAAGUUGCCAUGGAGAUAGUGAGCCCCAAUACCCGCCACUCGCUUUCUCUCUCCCGUCUACACUCCCAUAGAGAAUAGCUCCUCUGUGUAUAAACCGCCAGCUGUUUCAGACAUAAAUAAUAGAACGCAGAGAGCUGUGAGCUAAGCCUUAGGCAUCAAUAAUGGAUAUGAGAGGUGGAUGGAUGGUACUGCAGACUGGUGACAGCGAGUCACAGACACACACACGCUCUAACGGCGAGCUUGUUUUCACACCUCACCUCUCGAUCUGUGCCUCGUUUAUUAACUGUUCCCCGCUCGUGUGCCGUGCUGAUGUCAGGGCUAAAUUUGGGAUGCAGAGUUGUGCGCUGGAGUCGAUAUCACUGUAUGAGAACUAGGUCAGAGCCACUAUAUGCUCAACAUGCUGCAGAGUGUGCGUAUAUGUGUGUAUAUGCGUGUGUGUGUGAGUCAAAUCACUCCUGCCGGCCCCCUAAACUCGGUGUAUUUGAGCUUCAGUGUGUGUGUGUAUGUGUGUAUUUGUCUUGUUUAAGAAGAAUCUACAGUGUCUCCAUUGAGGCUGCCGUGUGUUGCCAGGCAACUCAACCUGGCCUCAACCAGUGCACACAUACAGUGUGGAGAGAAUGCAUGCACACACAGAAAAAACACUCAGGUGGAUUGAGAACAAUGGGCUUGAGUUGCAGCACGUUGCAUCAGAGGAGGGGCAGCAGGAAGCGGCGUCUCUCCUAGAGCUAUUGACUGAUUUUCCACGCGCACACACACACACACACACAGACACACACGCCCAAGUUUAGAUGAAGUGGACUAAGCCUAAGUCGCCUCAUGGGUUUACUCCUGUCUUAUUACUGAAUGUGUUAGGUGCGUCCUUGUAAAGUCCACGCUUUUAUUGAAUUCUUCUCCUCGCCGUGUUGAAAAGUGGAAGGGAUUAAUAAUGCAUGACAGCGAGAGAGAGAGAGAACGACGGAGAAGAGAUUGUGAGUGUUUAUGCUAGAGGCUGCUCCAACUCUCAGAGCUUGAGUUUUGUUUUGAUGUUUGCCUGUCUGUCUGUCUGCCUAUGUUUGUGUGUGUGUGUGUAUGUGUGUGUUUGUGUGUGUGCGCGUGUGUAUACCUGUGUUGAUGGGAAGACUGAUGGAAGAGAACCUGAGGCUCAGAGCGGCGCCUGAUUGGCUACCAGGAACCAGCUGACCUGACACUUCUUCCACAAGCUCUCUGAACAUCCAUCUCUCAUUCGCUCCCCUCCCCUCCUUGUCUGUUUUUUUUUCUCUUUUUUUUAACUUUGCUAUCUUCUUCACAUCUUUCACACCUUUCUCUCCCUCCUGCCUUUCUUCCCCUCGCUAUCCAUCUUCUGGAGACACUUUCUCCCUCCUCCCUGCUUCACUUUCUCUCUCUCUCUCUCUUCUCACUCUCUUUGCUCUCUCCCUUCAUAUCUUUCCAUAUUUACCCGUCACUUCCCCCCUCCUCUUUCCUCUCUCUCUCUUCCUCUCUCUCUCUCUCUCUCUCUCUCCAGUGAUAGGCUGUUAAUGCAGGCGGUGUAUGAGUCUAUCUCACCAUCUGCAGUAGUGGAGCUAGCUUCUCUCUCUCUCCACUCUCUCUCUCCACUCUCUCUCUCUUCAGGAUCUAUUCAUCAGCCUGCCAACUUCAGCCUGAUUCUCUGUCUGCUUGUAGAUGUGUUUAAAUAGAAACAGACCAAUGGAGCACGUCUGGCUAUUAUAGAGGCUCGUGUGGUUGUGUGUGUGUGUGUUUGUGUGCAGAUGUGUGUCUGAUAUCCAGUUGUGAAAGUAGCAGACAAGCUGUUGAAUCUUCUGCAAAGAGUGUGUGAGCUACCAUGUGUGAACUAGGAAGUCAGGGAGGCAUUGAUGGUCGUUGGCACUGUUCGGCUGCUCAGGUAGAAAUUUCACUCUCUCGGCAUGCGGAAACCUUUUUCUCUGUGCAUCUUUGGUGUCUCUGUGUCCAUCAUUGUGUCGGCAUGCUUUAUUGAUAAAGCUACAAAAAAAAAAGACGGGGACAAAAAAGAGGGAGGGACCAAAAUCGAGGGUGAGAAAGAGGGGCGUCUCUCUGCUGCAUCUUUCCUCAAACUUCUUGAUGUGAUUUAAGUUGUGUUUGGCAUGCCUCUAGUCUCCUCGUGCUCAUUGUCUCCCAUGUGAUAGGUGGAUCAAUAUUCCGAUUGACACCUCCCCAAUUGAACGGGCCGGUCAGCUGACGGGGGAGAUGUCACAGAUCAGAGGAGGGGCCUUGGUAAUUUUCUUGUCUUGCUUUUUUGUCUAAGCUGAUAUCAUGAUUCAGAUCAAGUCCCCCCCCUGCCGCCCGCUGGGGUCACCUAGGUGUUUUAGGAUCAAUAACCAAGCAUGGUAGCUAUGACAUUGAUCGCUGACAGUCUGGGGUUGAUGUGUUUCCUAGCGGCUGAUUGGUUCUUGUGCUAUUUGGAUCCUGGCAGAGGCAGUGAGGCUUAUUGACUGGCCGGAUUCCAGAGGCUAAGCUCAGCCUAGCAGCAUUUGACAGCCCAGUGAGCAGAACUGAUUGGAAAGGCAGCGGAGGAAAGAGACAGAGUCAAGCAUCAAUAACCCUAAUGUAUGCUUCCAGGCCGAACUUAAACCACAGCAGACUUGUCAGGACCAGGACCACACCAAACCAAGGCCAGCGCGGGGCUUUUCAGAUGAAUAAACUUAGCGCCCGCUUCUCUAACCUUAUGUAAUCCACAAAGACAAGCAGGCGAGGAAACAGAGGAAAAAACCAAGGACAGAGGAGAGGCUUAAUGAGCCUCAGUUUGAAACACUGCCUGUGGCUCUCUGCUAAGACAUCAUCGACCACUUAGCGCUUUGAUUUGGUUCAGAUUCAGUUCUGGUCUGCUUGUAAUCCGCCUCUAGAGUUCUCUCUGCUGCUGCUGCUCUCCUCUCUACUCUUUUCUUUUAUUCUCUGGGUUACUAACAUCCACUGCAAUGCAUCACAAUCCAAUUUUAAUUUAGCGCUGGCACUGAGCACCCAGUGUGGUUAAAUCGCACACACACACACUCUCAUAUCCCUCACGCCGAAGCGUCAAGGCGGGCGAUGUUUAACAGUAGUUCAUGAAUAUGCGAAGCACAUUAGCACCGUGUUAAGUAAAGACCGCAGCACUUUGAAGUCUUUCUCCUCUUCUCUUCCUUUCUCUCUCUUUCUUUUUAAAUCUUAUCCUUUUUUUUCCAAUCUCUAUCUUUCCCGUCCUCACCCUCCCUUUUUUUCUUCUCUCACUCUCCUGCUGGAAUGGCAAAUCAAUGCACAGGUCCCCACUGAGGGAGAUUUUUCUCUCUUUUUUUUUUUUUUUUUUUAUUCCCCAUCAUUUUUAACAGCCUGAACUUAAGAGUUGCCAUGGCAACAGGAGGAGCAGGGAUGGAGAGGAGGGAAAGGGGGCUCUCCUUUUUCCACAGAGAGAGGGAGCGAGGCAGAGAGAGCGGCUUGUUGAGACAGGAGUUGGUUGAUGUAGGUGAGAGGGUGAAUAUAAGUGGGCUGUUGACAUGCUGCUUAUGGAGAGGUGUUAAAUAAAGGAGAUUUAAAUGAAUCAUCCGCUGUAGAGUGGGAUAUUUCAUUUAACGUAAGUGGUUUUAUUCCCGUCUGGAGCUUCAUACCGCACGUUCUCCAACACAUACGAGCUCAAGCCAGUAUCAGAUAGGAGGAGAAAGAGAGAAAACAGAGGAGGGGAGGGCCAGGAGAUGAUAACUGUCUUUCCCCUUGUGGAUUCAAACAGGAUUCAGUAUUUCUCUCCUCCCUCCCUCCGCCUUUCUUCUUUUUCUCCUCCGAGCUCCAGUUUUGGCCGCCUGCCAUCGCUGGGGGGCCGUAACAUGCUAAAGUGUUUGUGGCAAACAGGAAAACAGGUGGGCGAUGGAUCGGUGCCGUGUGCUCACACAUGUAGACAAUAAACAAAGAGGAAAACGAGCCGUUCUGCAUGAUAAGUUUUCCGUCUCAUAUUAUGAGUGUUAAUGAUCCUUUUUUUUUCUUUUCUGGUUCCUCUUUCCGCAGUCGGCCGACGACAUCCUUGUGGCGUCAGCUGAGUGCCCCAGCGAUGAUGAAGACAUGGAGUCCUGUGACCCCAGUUCAGGUACCACUAAAGCACCUCCUCUUAAGCAUUUUUCUCUUUCUCCCAUGUGUCCCCAGCGCUCACCGCAGCUCAGUUUUCCCUCCCGUUUUGUUUCUCGCUACAAUGAAUUUUUCAUUUCCACUUAGGUUUCUGCCUCCAGGCAUUACCUAACACUCUCCCUCAUUCCCAAGUCUUCAUCUCCUGCUUCCUUCUAUCCCUCCUUUCCUUUCCCCUUUUUCUUUUCUUUAUAUUUUCGCUUUCCUUCACUCCUCUCAAGGAUCCUCAUGCAAAAUUCUUUCACCAACGAUCGUUUGAAACAGCGUCAUAAAUCACCGCCCCGCAGCCCCUUCUGCCUGUUUGUGUCAUAAAAUGUCAAGUGUGUGUAAUAAAAAUUGAUAUAAUGUGCACCUGUGCGCCGACCCUCCUGUCAACAUGGUGUAAUGUAAUCUGUUUACACAUUAUGUGAUAAUAUGGGAGCAGCUUUGGCUCAGAGCUGCAGACUCUCAUUGCCAGCGAGUAGAAUUAUGCAAAAAGCACGUCAAAUAAUUCAUUACCAUGAUGCAUUGUGCCUUCUCGCUGCAGCUCUACACUCAUCACCUCGACAUGUACUACAAAUUAAAAAUGCAUGCAGUAAACCGUCAUUCCUCUCCCGCAGCCCGCCCUCCCCUGCCGGAGGUAAAGGUGUUCCCCGGUCCGUCCGAGGUGGUGCGGGAGAGCAGCAGCACAACGGGCAUGGUAGUGGGCAUCGUGGCGGCCGCUGCCCUCUGCAUCCUCAUCCUCCUCUACGCCAUGUACAAGUACCGCAACCGCGACGAGGGCUCCUACCACGUGGACGAGAGCCGCAACUACAUCAGCAACUCGGCCACACAGCCCAACGGCAGCGCCAAGGACAAGCCGCUGGGCAUCGCCAAGAUCUCCAAGAACAAGAAGAACAAAGACAAGGAGUACUACGUCUGAGGCACGAGACACACAGACAUAUACGCCUUUAUAUAUAACGGUAUAUGUACAUAAAUAGAUAUAUUCUCAAAAGAAAUACACACAUACACACCGACAUAGACAUGCUGAUGUUAAUGUUUACUCUCCAAUAACCACACCUGCACACACGCUGCCAAGCACAAACAUCGACACACAUCCAAGCACACACACGCAUACAUAAAGCACAUACAGACUGGCCCGAGGGCAUGGACCCUUACUGUACAGUAUUUACCAAUGAAGAGCCUCUGAGAGAAGCUCGUUUUAUGAACAAACACCAUUCCAGAUGAUUUAAAAAAAAAAAAAAACAGAACCAGAUCAAACCCCCGGUGAAGAAACAUUUCGGGGGCCAGCCAGAUUAAAAGUCCAGUCAUACCCCUGCCACAGUACGACCUCCUCUGUCGGAUUCAAAGAGGUCCGGGAAGCCUUUAAGUGAAGCACACGGCAGACUGAACAAAGAUGAUGUAAAAGCACCCAGAAAAAAGCACUAAGUGUCUCUUCCAAGCUUCUCUGUCGGCCUUCCUCCCUGUUAGCAGACGAAGCACAGAGGACGCCGAAGAAACAAGCACACCGACAGUCGAAUCCAAUUCCAGCAGCAACGGGAAAGGAAAUCAGGGUGUCGCCAUACAAAGAGACGGUGAAUUACGAGUGACGAGGCAGAGGCAGGGUGGGUGCCAUUAACGUAACGGAUGGGGGCUGUGGUUGUUUUUAUGCCGCAGAGCUCGUGUUUUACGACGCCCCGUGAAUCAAAAAAAAAGGCGGAAUCAGUGGAAGAACUGAGAGAUAUUUCCUCCGACAGGAUACUUGAGACUUCAGAUGCUACCUACAGACACCGGUUGAGCGGCGUCUCGCACACGCAAACACACACAUCAACAGCACACGUACACUCAAAUAUCUACACAUGCAGAUAUAGGCAUACCUGCGAUGCUAAAGACCCACCAUAUCUUCAAAAGACUGGAGACUUUACAAGAAGACAAUGGUGAAAAUGACAAAGACCAUUAUGAUAAUUGUUAUGGCAACGAUAAUGACGACUAUGAAGAACAUUCUGGGCAGUAAAGACUCUUUUGGGAAGGGGAGGGGGGGGUCUUAUUGCACGUGAAUUAUCUUACUCCGUGUGAUUUAUACCGCGUUGAAAACUCCAGAGGUUAAACCGUGAUGCACCGCCAUCUUAAAUCGACCACCUUGGCUUGAGGUACUCCUAAGUGACGCACUCGAAACGGUUUUCAGCGUGCGGGAUUCAACAAUGAUUUAAUCUCAGUUCUAAUCCUCAUCGACAAAGUGUAACCAUCUCGAGUGUGCUGCAUGCCUGAGUCCGAGCUGUGAAGUGAAGUGGGGGGCGUGUCCCGCGAAAAUCCAGAGAUGGUAGGUCUGUUUGUGGGAGAAGCGGAGAAAAUGAAGAAGGAGAGGGGAGGGAGUCGCGCCCACCGCAGGCCGCGACCUGUUUUCUAGCCUGAUGUCUUAUAGGCCACGCCCACUAUACCUGCUCUAACCAACCACCUUUUAUAGCAAAAACCAGCCGAGGAAAAGAAAACAGAACAAAGUAAAUGUUCCCAUGUGUUGCCAAUAGAUAGUAAAUUCCAGAUCAAUGAGUUGCUUUGAUUUCAUCGGCUCUCCCUCUUUUCUCUCUCUCUCUCUCCUCUCUCUUUACGCCCUUUUCGUCCUCAUGCUAUAAGUUUGGCUGGUUUAUCAAUACUCAUGGCGUGACUGAGACGGAUGGGUUUCCGAUGGGCUACAUUAUCUGUUUAUGGACUUUGUCUGAGCCCUGCGCAUCUCCAGAAUUGUAGCUCCAUGAAUAUAUCGAUACAAACAGUGCCAUGACAUGAACAAGCCCCUUCAGUUCUUCCAACCAGUCAGAUGCAUGCAAAAUCGACCAGGGCGAAAAAGGACGCGAAGAGGACUGUGUGUAAGAUUUCAAAGUAUAAUGUCAAAAUUAACUGAACAUAUCCCCUUAUUGUCUCCAUCCUUAACUGGCCUUCUUGACCUCCUUUUCCCUCCUUCUCUUGUUUUCCUCUCGUUCAGUAUGUUUCCCCUCUCUGCCUUUCCAGUUCUGUGUCCGUCGCUUUUCUUUUCCCUCUCUCUCUCUCUCUGUUGUGUUGCCAUCUGAAACAAAAAGGAGGUGUCUCAACCAAUGGGACUCUACAUCUAGGUGUUCAUUAACCAUGUUUAUUUUCUAUAUGUACAAUUUUUCUACAGUAUUUACUUUUAUUUUUAUUGUUACAGUUCUUUGAUGAACAUAAAGUGGAAAUUUAUUAUGAAAAAUAGUUUUGAAGAUUAACGAGUAAAUAAAAUAUUACCCAAGUGACCCCGGAGUGCAUUUGUGUGAAUUGGUUUUUGCUCUUAGCUGUGCGUGAUGAAAACUCCAGUAUCUGCCCCACAUUUCAGACGAAUGUAACAGCAGAUUAGUGUCUCAAUGACAGCAGACCAUUACGAAACAGUAAAACUUUAUUACAUUACAACAUCUCAUAAAGUGCUAGAUUUAGCUAGCGUGCAAAGAUACCCAACUGGUUAGUAAAUUUUUCGCCCAACCUUAAAAAUUUGCCAGAUUUUCCUCCUGGUAUUUUAAACCUGCUGUUAUUUAUACAUCCGACAGUUGUAAAAUUGUCUGGUUUUAAUGUUGUUUGUGCCUUAAGGUCCUUACACAACGGGAACGACGCAAAUAUACGACACGAAAUUACGAAAUAUUCAGAGGCGAAUUUUGACACGCCUGACUAUACACAUCAAGCGUGAUGCGAUUUUACGACUUUCCAGAGGGAAAAACGAUGCGUCCCGGGUGGAAGCGAGAAUACUGACACAACAGCAGACUGAGUGUUUUUCAGUUCUGAUUAGACACUAGUGUUGAGAUGUCUGUCUGUCAUGAUAGCAUGUACUGAGUCGGGGCCAGUACCAGAUAAACACAUUAAACUAUAAUCCAUAAAUGUAAGGUAACAACCGAGACCUAAUGGUGCUGUGACAGCGACGCUGUGAUUGAGUUUGAGACAGUGAAAAUACAUAUGGUAUGUUGUAUCUGAACAGGUUAGCUUACGAGCUAAAGUUACUUAGCACAGAUGAAAGUUAAAACAAAGACGUUUAGCAAACUGUUAAAGCA